AGAGAGAGAGAGAGAGCGAGAGGGAAAGAGAGAGAUGCACGCAGUGAUACAGAGUGUCACAGGGAUGCACAGGCUGAAAGUGAGGCGGGAAGUCCGGGGUUUUCCUCUUCUCUACCUGCUUCGUCCUCGUUCUUGGAAUAAAAACAACAAAAAGAAUCAGACUGACUUUCCACCCGGUCUCAAAUCGCCAAAGUUCGUCUUUGGACACUUUUUGGAUGUGUAGACGUCGAACAGCCCGCGUUUCAAAGCUUUAAGGACUAUUACUCCUCCUCCUGUAAAUUUAUGUUCAAAGAAGUCCCCGUUUUUGUGCGCAAUGGCAGCUUGUUUAUUUUGUCUCUCUGUCUGCUUCCACUUGGAGGGAUCCGGGAUGCUCAGCUGAAAGACCGUAUAAUUCAAGAAUAAAAACAAACUGAGAAUGACCUUCUGAGUCUGGAUGCUGGGACAGCAGCCUCUUUUCAUGAAACCUCCUUACCUGUUCAUCGUGAGGAUCUGUUUUAGAGUCUGUGCUGCGUUUUAGUUCGGGGCGCACUUGGUGUCUGACUCAACGAUGCGCUCCUCUGGGAUAUACUGUGUGCUUUUGUUCUUGCUCGAAAGUAGCCUGUCGGACCCGGGGACCACAAACCAAGGUGUGUAUCCAGGCACGUGCAUGCAUCACAACAGCUGACUUUGGAGACCCUGUUUUGAAAGAAACACCAUUGCAUGAAAUGACAAGGACCUCUUGGGUGGAUGCACCAAAUUUGACUACUUUAAAGUCUCCACGCGUCACACGCUUGCACGCGCACACGCAAAACACGAGCUAACUUGGCGUUAUAGUCUUAAAGCUCUUUUUUUUUACCCUCUUUUACUUCAGUCUACUAUGAACAUGAAAGAAAUCUAACCUAUUUAUAAAAGCAAAACUCAACGAUUAAUGAGCAAACAUAUCAAUUUACUUUUAUAUAGAACAGCCCACUACAACCUCUUCAUGAUGAUAGUUUCAGUAGAUUUAUAGAAUUCCUCCAAGGCUUGGUGACUAAUGUGUUUACACUAAAUGUGUUUUGCUUCUCCACCUCUGUCAAUCUGUGAGCUGAAUCAUGACAUAUCCGUCUGUCUGUUUGCAGUCAAAAGCAUGUAUUUACAUCUUAAAGUUGUCAGCUUGCUUGCUAAACCAGGAGAUGCAUGUCUCAAUUUCAAUUUAUUUGACAUUUUAGUCACUUUUUAACAAAAUAGUUGACAAAAAAAAACAUCCCUGGUUGACAAGACAUGGAUUGUUGCCAGCUCAGCCUUACACUGCAACCCGUCUUAAAACCCUAAUAAACAUGAGUCAUGUUUUACAGUUAUGUGAUAUAUAAAAUGAUAAUAUUAGCUUUGAAUGUAACAAACAGUGUGAAUAACAAAGACCUCAACAGGCAUUGUCAGACAUUAUUAGUUUGCUGGUUAAACAAAGAGAUGCCUUUGUAAAUUUCAGUGUAUUUAACAUUUUCUGUCACUUUUUAACAAAGUAGUUGACAAAAAAAACAACAUCCCUGGUUGACAAGACAUGGAUUGUUGCCAGCUCAACCUCACACUGCAACCCUGUCAAAAUACGACACUGAUAAACAUGAGUCAUGUUAUGAUAUAUAAAAUGAUAAUAUCGGCUCUGAAUGUGACAAACAGUGUGAAUAACAAAGACCUCAACAGGCAUUGUCAGACAUCAUUAGUUUGCUGGUUAAACACAAAGAUGUUAGUUCAAGGGCUCGGAGCUCGUCUAGCUGCAUUAACUAUAGAAUAAGUCAACAUUUUCAUGUUUUAGUUACUUUUUACUAAUUUUACUUUACUCUUAAUUGGUCUUAUGAUACACACUGAUAUAUUUUGCAUUUAAAAAAUUCUACUUUUUGGGGGUUUUUUAAGUGUGGUUGGGCUUGGCAUGAGUACAAGUGACAUUUAAAGUAGAUUUAAGUACUUGUACAGUAUGAAUGACAAGACUCCAACUGCUCACAAUUGUGUGUUUUACAUUUUACCCCAUUUUUUACUCUUAAAAUGGGUUUGAAUGUGUUUUUUUAUUUCAAUUGAAAAAGUGAAACCAAUAUAAUAUUAAUCUUUCAAGGAUGUGCAUUGCUAGCUAUAAGGUAUUAAUAUUCAGUAGUUCAUCCAUGUUUUAGAGAUAACACUUAACCUUGAAAUAGUACUCUAAAUCUAACAAUGAAUAUAUUCUAAAAUAUACAUGUAACAUGCAUCAAGUCAUACUUAUGUGUCUGCUGUAUGUUAUUAGGCCCACUGCACAUGCAGCAGCUCUGUCACCCAAAUUAUGGAGGAGUCUCUGACACUAUAUUUCAGCUCCAAAAUCUGGGUGCACAGAGAUGUAGCCACGACUAUAGGGACCACAUAUUGUUACAGUAAAUGUCACCCUCUGGCAUUCUCUGUCAGCUAUAGUGAAGCGUUCAGUUGCCUAUUUCUGUCUCCCUAUUGCUGUGACGAGUGUAUACAUUCACUUGUGAAAAUAUAGAACAAUUUUGGCCCCAUAUGGUCCCAGGAGGAAUCCUCAGAGACAAUAUACCUGGUGAGAAACCUGUGAAUUUCAACAUAAUGGACUGGUUGCAGCCACUAAAUGUAUCACAAUAUGAGAAACAUCCCUACAUGGUAUAGCCACAAGUCAUAUGGGUAAAUAUUUGCCAUAUUGUGAUCGCUUCUUGACAUCUCCUACUUUGCACAUUUGCAGAGGUCAGUUUAAUAUUCCUUCUUGAAUGUUAAAUGGUCAGGUUACAUAUUUUUCAAAGACGACUGGAGCCCUUUCACUAGCCAAAUGUCAAAGUCUCCUUCACUUCAUUUUUCUGUGCAGUAAGUGUGUGUAUGUGUGUGAGUGCAGACACUCAGUCCUCCCCACAGGAUGCUUGUCUGCCUGUGGUGGUGACAGGCUUGAAGGGGAUAGGGAUGCAUGCAUAGGAAAUUUGGGAAAAAGAAAAAAACUCGAGGCAAGAUGUACACAAGAAUAUCGCGAGGGUGAAAAUAGUUUAUAAGGAGUAAUUUAUCCAAGUGGUUUUUCUGUUAUGCAUGAAUCGUGUCCUCAAAGACACACAAUCAUGUGACGUGCAGUUUUGUCGGUUUGUUUUACUGUCUUCACGUGGCACAAUGUGCAGUUUGUGACCUGCCGAUUCGCAUCAAAUUCAAAACAUACUCUUUUUUUAAGGUCGUGAUGGCAGGUUGUCAUUGCAGGUACAGAGGUGGACCAUUAACUGUUUACGGGUAUGGACAAGGCGUCCCCUGCUCCCAUUAAAAAGAGGAUGUCAAAAUUCCUCUUAAACAGCUGAUGAUUAAAUUUAAAACCAAACCUUGAAAAUAAUCGAUCUUGCUAAUGGAGCCUUGGGAUUAACACCACACCUCAUGCCUCAAACUAAAUCACACAUUUAAGUUGGCAAUACAACUAAAAAUAUCUCUUAAGUUGGUACAUUUCACAACAGAAUAAGUUCUUGUGUUGAUUUAAACCAGACAUUAUCAGUUAUGGAGCCGUUUUCUAAUGCUGUUCCUCCUUUCUUUUACUAAUCAUGGAUGUUCACAUUCGCCAACAGAGCGGUCGGUUAUAAUGUCACAUCCUCUCUUUUGAGCUACAAAUAACUACUGUAACAUUUGGAGUUUAAAUCACACCACUUUAAAAGAUGCUGCCUUUUUUUAGGAGCCACCUAAAGGGAAAGACGCUUAUUUACUCUUGCAGAUUCCCUUUGCUUUCAGCAACAUGCCGCUUCUAUGCAUCAUUCACUUUAUUGUCCCCUAUGGGAAAUUUGCUAUGCAGCCAGGCUAAACUAUAAAACAUGAAGCCUUAAAAAAGACACACAGAGACACACAAAGAUGACAGACAAGCAAUAAGAGGUCAACUGAUAACACCAGUGUAAAAACUCUGUGUAGCACCACCUGUUUUCACAAUCCUGCUGGCUAGCAUUUUGUUAGUUGAGCUCAGCAAAUUCACCGAUAGUUGAGGGGUCCAUUGAUGAGAAGUAUUUUCAAUUAAACCAGCUCUCCACACAAUCUUACAGUAAUGGCAAAGACACUCCUGUCCAAUCCAGUCUGCAGCAGCACAGCUUCUUGUGUCCAUUUUAACCGACUUCACUCCUCUCUGACCCUGUCACUGCGUUAAUAAGCAAACAUUGGGUAACUGGUGUUCAGGGGAUGGGCUUAUAGAGAGGGCUAGUGGUUGUUUUGUCUGGUCAGCAGAUCAAGAAGAACCAUUUUACACAAUGAAAUAUUGUAUUUGCCAGUUUUCUUUGAGAAAACUGACUAAAUUCAGCUGUCGUCAGUUUUUUCAGUCACUCUCCUUAUCACUUGAUCCUUAUUUUUAUAUAUAUAUAUAUAUAUGCGCAUACUUUUUUUGCCGAGGGUGUAGUCAAAAAAGAAGAGGCUGGCAUCUCAGAACACAGCAGUUGCGUAACAGCAACACUGCCUUCCUCCUUAAAAAGACGGUGUCAUGAAAAGUGAAAUACAUGCUGCCGCCAACUUUUAUUAAAAUCUCACAUAGGAUAUAAUGAUUUUUCCUCUCUCACAGGUUUUCUAAAACCACAUACUGGAGAGAAAAAAGCUCUGGUAGAAAGGUUUGUGUCUUUAAGUUCCCCGCUAAAAGCUUGUCUUCAUGAAUAUCUGAAGCCAAAAACUUGACAACUGAAUGUCUAACUUUAAAAUGUUCAUGAAUAUACCUGAUACCUUAUUCAAGUAAUCCUGUCCUUGCACAUUUUCUACCAGCACCUCAAAAGUCACACAUUGUGAUCGAGUGUUUUUUCCAGUUUAAUUUUAUCCAGUCAUGAAUUUAAAAAGUUUGAGUUUUAUCAUGAGUCACAGCAGUUUCUUUGGAAGCUGAGAUAAGCAACUUCACAUGGUCUUGUCCCUGUGGGGUUGCAAAACAAGUGUUGAUCAGGGACAGAGUGGGAUAAUAACUCAGAAUGGGAGUUUGACUCCAUCCAAGGAUCCAAGGCCACAUGAACCAGUCAUUGUGAGGACUGUGUGUCCCCAGUUCUUUUCAGUCAGUCCAAACAGCCUACUGUCUACUUUGAUUGGCCCCAAAAUACGACAUUAUCACUAACCGCUCUUUUAUAUCCCACUGUCAGUGUUGGAAAAAUAACAGUAAAAAUGAAUCUGACAGAAAAACUAACAAGUGGUUCAGUACACUGGACGCUACCCUCAUUAUAUGCAGGCUUAAGGAUUUAUCAGCUGGGCUUUUAUAUAGAGGCUAGUCUGCUGUUGAAGACCCUGUAAAGAGAGAGUGGCUCCAUUCUCAUAUAUAUAUAUUUUUUUUUAGUUUUGACAUGCAAAUGAAGCUGCUGUAACAACUGUUGGGCGACUAUUGUUAUUUUUACAUUCAUACCGACAGAGAGAAAAAAGUCCCCAUGGUGUGUAGUUCAUAGGAAAAUCUUAAAGGUGGGGUAGGCAGGAUCUGAGGAAGUGCCAGUUUUUGGGGAGAAAUCUUAAAUGCAAACACCACCCCUCCCAACCAGUUUUCCCCUCAGCUCCUCCUCUCCCCUCCCGCUCUGCUCUAACAAGCUCCGCCCACAAACAGACGCUCCUGCUCGCUUGUGUUGUUUUAAUUAAAUUCAGAUAUAAUGCAGAUAAAUACUUCAGAUACUUAUAACUGGGGCCCAGUCAACAUGAAAGUAAAAAGCAUUGGUGCUACUGUAGAUGUCAACAGACUACCAGCAAACACAACGUUUGCAGGACUUCUACAACUAGGAUAAAGUGACAUAGUCCAGGAACCGAGGUCAACAGUUUAGCGGUGCUACAAUGUGCAGCAGGUCCCGUUUGACAAGAAACACUUCUGUUACAGACGCUUACUUUGUUAAAGCGGUUUACCUGUCCAGCAGAAAGGUUACGUAGGGUUCGUAAGAUCUUGAAGCGUCCCCCAUCAUUUAAUCAUUAAUCAUUAACCCGCCUUUUUAGCUCUUGUCCGGUCUACCUCCAUUUUAAGCGCCUGUUAUUCUGCCAGAGUCUCGGGUAUUUACUUCAUUUUGUUGCUUUUGUUUUCCGUGCUUUCUAGUUGGUUUCUACUGUCUGAUAUUAUAGCACACGUUACUGGAGGACGUGGAGCGUGCUUGCUUCACAACACGAGGGAGCAGCAUCUGUCUCACAACCAAUCAGGUUAGGGGAGGCGGAGAAAGGCUUUGUUUACAGUCAAAAACUGUAAAUGUUGACGACACAAGCAUUACAAAACACAGCGAUAUUGUUAUAUUCCUAAAUGUCAUCAAUAACUAAUAGCUAUUGACUGAUAUUAAAAGCUUUUUUGUAUACACACCACAAAAAAAAAGAUGCUUCUUUAACAGGAUCCUGCCUACCCCACCUUUAAGUGAUCAUUUACACUUAAACAGCUUCAGAACUGUUUGGUGCGAAAAUACCUCAUGCUGACGUUUUUAUUUCAACAAUCAAUAGUCAAAUUUACUUUUAGGACUACUCACCAAAAUUCAUUGCAUGUGUCCUUGAGGUUUAAAGAAAGUACUAUUUUCACCAUGACCCACAAGCAAACUUAAAAUAUUUUCAAAUCUCACGAUGUUUACAGUCAUGUUAACCAGCUUGCUGUUUUUUUUUUGUCCCUCACUGGCUUUGUUUGAACAGUUGCAGAGAGAAACAGCUCCACAGCACCACUAGAGGUCAAAAACUCCACAGGGAGCCUCGGAGAUGAAACGGUUUUCAACAAAGCACCUGCAGUCUCAAUCUUGUAAAGACACAUACACAUAAACACACUCAGGCUAACACAGUAGAAUUCUGAGCGCCGGUUGAAUACAGACAUGCCAUCAUGACACCGGAGAGGGAGAAGUAGAAUUCAGCAAUUAGUGCUGCGAUCCGAAUCAUUCUGUUCAGUUUGAGAGUAACAGUCUCUGGGGUUGAUUUUAUCAUUGUUCAUUACACUGGGAUAUUAACACAAGAGUGUACUUGUGUAAAUACAGAGCCUUCUACUGCAGAGUAUUCAUGUCAAGAUUGUUUGUGAUCCAGUUAUAGGCUUUAAUGUACAAAAUACAGUUUAUCAGGAGGACUUCACUUGUGACGUUUUUGUUGUGAUGGCUGCCAGUAAUACUUCAAGUACCAAAAAUUAGGGAUACCAAUUUACCAAAGUUGAUUGUUUGCACUCACCUUCUUUUCAGUGUGAUAAUUUUCUUCUUGAGGAGAGUUCAGAGCGGACAGUUGCAGAUUAUUCUGCUUCCAGACACAAUACCCAGACCAGAGUAAUGUGAUUUGUCCUUCUGAUAAAUACUCAUCUGUGUGUGUGUGUGUGUGUGUGUGUGUGUGUGUGUGUGUGUGUGUGUGUGUGUGUGUGUGUGUGUGUGUGUGUGUGUGUGUGUGUGUGUGUGUGUGUGUGUGUGAAAUGAGAAAAUCUGUGUAUCAAAUUCAGCUCUCUGAAUGUCUGAGGUUAUUUAUUAUUUCCUGUUGGAGGAAUUUUGUUUUAUUUUUCCAAUGACUACAUUAAAGUUUAUGUUGAGGCAUGUAUGAAAGAGAGAGAGGGAUGGAGAGAUGGUAGGAGAGAGAGUUAAAAAGCUUGCUUGUUGUCAGGCAUCGUGUUUGACAUUACAUAUGAUCAUGAAAGAUUGUUUUUCUAAUUUAUACAAAAAUCAAUAUCUCUCUGUCUUACUGGCUCUCUCAUCCUCCCUCUCUCUACGUCCUCCUUUUGAACAGAGGCAAGGCCAUCUUAUUAUAAUUCAGCCCUUAAUUACCAGCAGGGGAUCAAGGCUAAAUGAAGUCUCUGUAAAUACUGAAGUGCUUCGUUUAGUCCCACCAAAGUGUAUCUUCUCUGGUUAUCUGACUUCUUCUUAAAACAGGAGAAACCCCAUUAAAUUAGUCCAGAUUUGGACUAGUUCGCAGUACGCUGGAGUGGCAGGUCGUCUGAAGAUGUGACUCUUUGGUCUGUAAUGUCGACCACUGAAGUAGGACGCACUUUAUUGAUAGAGAUUGUAAUUAACUGGCUGUGUGGAGACAAAGGAAAUUGCACAUUCGUCAUAUCAAAUUGGCCUAAGGGGCUUAGCAAGGGCCAGAUAAUGGCUCUUUUCAUGCCUGAGCCGUGAGCAGAGUGCAGACAGCUCAAGAUUGGUACACUUGUAUGUACACAAUGUGGAUAUUUCUGACAUGCCCACCCAGUGUCAAAUAUCAAUGCUGAAAAACUUUUAAGAUAACCUGUGCUUGGCGUGACAUAGAAGACUUUUUCAACUCAGGAUUCCUUAAAAUACAGAGUUAGAUCUUGUGCUGUGUCAUUGAGAGUUAAUCCGAAAGCAUCGAAAAAUAAUCCAUGAAGCAUGUACCCAACAUUCACCAAACACACCUCUUAGCAGUUCAACAUUAAAAGCAUAACAGAAAUAAAGAUCUUAAAAGCAAUGUUGCACAUGCAACCAACCAUCAUAUUUAAGUCAUCAUAUUUAGACACUGAUAAAGCAACUGUUCUUUCACUUUGGAAAUUGGUAGACUUUAAGUUUAGUUUUAAAGGAGAGAUAGUUACAACCUCAGGUCUGCAGGCAGUUUGUUACAGAGAGAGAGACCAAAAAGGUAAUGCACGAAAAGGAAGUCAUGACUAGAAGUCCUUUACCUUCCUCCUGUGUUAGCUUUCACUACGCACCCACUAUGUUAACAAAUCCGUUUUGACCCGUGUCUUAAAUCAGCUGUAAAUUACACUAAAAACAAUUCUCUAUCAUCCAAUUUGGUUUCAUCUCUAGGUUACCUCGUUAGGCUUCAUUAUCCAUGAAAAUACUGCUGAUAAUAUUUUUUGUUGUGGGUCUCUGGGCCUUUCUUUGUCAGUAUACCCCUCAUACAGACAUCUAUACUUAAUUGAUCUCACAUGUCUGGACAUGCCUGAGGCUGUUUUUUGUGCAGGGAAGAACAAGGCAAAAUGAGAAUUUCCUAAAUUUCACAUGAUUGGAAAAGGAUCUGACUGUCAGUGUGGUGCCUGAAAGUGCACGUAUGAUUUCAGUUUUUGCUCUAAUUAUUAGAUUUUAAUCUAACCAGGUCAACAGCGACCCUAACAUGACAAGUGCCAUAAUCUUAAUAAGAGUAUUUUAUAAUGUAGUCAAUUUAAUUUUUUAUUUUGUUGAAAUAGAGGUUCCUGACGAAGUCAAAAAGUCUUGAUGCAAAAGAACUCAUUUAUGUGGUUCUUUUAAGUAUUUAAAAACAACAACAGGUCGGUGCGGACCCUUACAUGGUUAGGAUAGCCACACAGUGAGCCUAGGACGGAAGUCAUCACUCCCAAUUAUUGUAUAUUUGAACAUCAGGUAUUUGUCCAUGGAUUAAGACGUUGCAGUAUUGCAGACAUUACAGAUGUACCAGAAAAAAAAGUGAAAUUAUCAUAAGAAUAAAGCCGUAAUUGUACUCUAUGUUAGCCUGUAUGUAAUUGUAAUGGGAAAUAGAAUAAAAGCAGCCAGCUGUCGACAAUUAGAUGAAGAAUGAGGAGCAUCUUGUGAAUUUACACUCAAAGGUUUCACAAACUAAUCAUAUAUAACACUCAGUAUUUUGUAUAAUCUUUUCAGCCUGCUGAUACUUAUAACAAUGUGCUGCUGAUGUGCCAGCAAAACCCACUACUUCCUGCACUGGCACUGAUUAUUGGAACUGGAUCCAAAAAUGUGAGGUGCAGCAUCAUCCAGUAAAAGUGUAAUUACUUGGCUGCGCCUGGCUCAAGGUGGUACCUUAAUGUAAGCUACAAUGUGUUUUGUUACUGCCAUGGUUUUCCCAACAGUACGUCAGCCAGCUUCAUUUUUCUUUUAAUCAAGUCGUAUUUAGUAAGUAAAACAUUCAGAGUCUCUACAGUUAUAGUCUUUGUGCUUUAUUCAUCUUGGUCCUAUUUUUGACGACACACUGCAGAGAAAACUGACCUCUGAGAAGGAGAGCACUAAUCAUCCAGACUUUUCCUUGACGGGGGGCGGAUCCGUGUUAGUGUUGGUGUUGUCCCGGACUUUCUCUAAGAGCUGUUAUUUCAUAGGUGGUUGAAUCUGAUAAAGGCUUUACAGCUCUGUCAGCGUCUCAUUGACAGCUUGAUAACUAUUGUCUGCUUUCUUCCUACUCUGUCACCUCCAUUUCCCUUCUUUUUAAAUUCACUGUCCAACCUCUCGUGCACUCUCUUCCCCUUUCUGCUCUCUCCUCUCACUCCUCCUGCUUCCACUGUCAUUCUCUGACUCUUUCAACUUUUCUCCUCCAUUUUACAUUUACUUUCUUUCACCCUGCACUCUCUCCAGUGGUUCUGUUGGACACUACGACAGUACUAGGAGAACUGGACUGGAAGACCUACCCUGUAAACGGGGUGAGUAACAUGAGAAAUCCUCUAUUUAAAGGUUGUAAGACUGUCUACUGUGAAGCAUUUCACAAUCAUAGGUAUUAACAUGAUAUAAAGACACAAACACAUCAAUCAGCCUGACCUUUUCUUGCCUUGCAACAAAACAUAUUUAACAUGCUUAACUAAUUGGUAGUAGUGUAACUGUCUUAACAUCUGUUUACCCUGUUUGGUAACACUUUACUUGAAGCCUGUCUCUAUAACACAUGAUAGAUAUAUGUAUAAUGUGUUAUAAUCAUGUAAUAGCACUGUAUAACUAUAGUUAUAAACACUGACAAAUGAUCAUAAUGCUUUAUAGCAAUAAUCAUAACACAUUAUAAAGUAUUUUAUCAUGAAUUACAGGGUCAGGUAUUAUAAUGUGUUAUUCCUAUUGUUUAUAAAGCCUUAUGAUAAUUAAUGAGUGUUUAUAAUGAUAGUUAUACAAGUUUAUAAGCUAAUUAUUACACAUCAUAAAUAUAUGUAUAAUGUAUUAUCUAUGUGGGCAUUGACAGUGAGUUGUUAACAGUUAAAACACAUUAUAAUACCUGACCUUGUAAGUCAUGAUAAAAUGCUUUCAAAUGUGUUAUGAUUAUUGCUAUAAAGCAUUAUGAUCAUUUAUGAGUGUUUAUAACUAUAGUUAUACAGUGCUAUAUCGCAUUAUACAUAUAUUUAUAAUGAGUUAUAGAGUUGGGCAUCAAGUAAAGUGUUAUCAAAUGGGUAAAACGGUAAAUGCUUUUUAAAAUUAUCCAGCAUUAGACUCCUUGACAACAGCAUGCAGUACCUGCUUGUAUUAAGUUAAACUGAUUGUUAUGUUAGGAAAUGGAUUUCUGCUGCACUAAAUAUAAAAAUGUGUGUGAUUGUUAUAUUUGAUAAAUGACAGUAACUCUAAUCAGGAGAAUUCAGAACAUCCUCGGGCAGAGUGAUACAUAUUUUUCAAAGUCUCAUACGCCUCAUAAUCCCCCUCUACUCUGCCUGUGAGAUGGAACUGUUAUGCCUACCUGCCAAUUAAAAUGCAAUGGAGGUAUAAUUCUGAGGCAAAGCCCCUGUCUUACAUUCUUUCAACAUAAAUUUUGGGUCUUUUACAUUUUAUUACAUGAAUAGAUGAAAUGAUAGUUUUGAUUAGCAGAAUAGUUUAUUAUAAACUACAUAUGUAGCGAUGACUACCUUCAAACUCAGUUCAUAGGUCAUAGGUAAAGCCGGCAGUAUGGAACAGCACCGUUUCAAGUCAGAGUGUGCAUGUGAAGUUUGUGCUGUGUGUGCAUCUUGUGCUUCUGCAACACCGUAACAUAACGUGAUAACACUUUAUAUGAACACAGCUCUUAUAAUGCAUCAUGAGCACACUUAUAGAUGAUGAUAGGCAUUUAUUACAGCUUAUAGCAAUGUUUAUGAAGUGUUACAAGCAGCAAGCAUAAUGCAAAACAAAAAACAGCAUCUUUUUUAAUUCCUGGUUUAAUAAUAACAAUACAUUAUACAUUAAUAAUACAGUAAUACAUUCUAAAUCUGACAACUUCACCAGGCUAUGGAGGUUCAUAAGUAACUCAUUUCAUGUUUUUAAAAAAGUUAUAAUUUCUCUGAUUCUAAAUUUGGAAAAUAUCUUAUUAAUACUCAACAUGGUAAAGCAUGACUUAUGGCGCUAUAAGUAAUUAACAAUUAUAUGUUCCUAUGACUAAUUCACAGAAACUUCUAAGCAGUAUUUUGUAGCUGCAAAUGAAGUGUUAGACAGUGCAACAAUUACAUAUUUUUAUAUCUAUAUAUGUUUUCUUUUGCAGCAUGGUAUAAACAUGAUAAAUUACAGAUUAUAAUGCCUUUAUACCCACUGCUUAUUAACACUUCAUAAGCAUUGCUAUAAGCUGUUGUAAAUGCCUAAAAUCUCUUAUAAUCAAUGUUAUAAAGCUUUAUAAAUGCAUUGAUAAAGCUUUGUAUGAGGUGGGUUCAUAUAAUACCCUGAAACCAGUUCUUUGCUGCUGCUGCUGCUGCAAGGCACAUUGAAGGCAAAGCUUUGGUAUGACACUGCAGUGAUGUAAACUAAAUGUUGAACCCUCUAACAGCAACUACUUAGUGUCAUUUAACCCUUGUAAAAACGGAUUCAAUAAAAACAUGCAUUUUAUCUCCUCAGUUUAUAAAUAAAAUAGGUGUAUUCUCAAUUAAUACAUUUUUAAGGAUGCACAGAAGACAAUACUUUGUAUUUCCGAAACCAACCUCAUUAGGUAGACCAAAAGUAUCUUGGCACAUUUUUUUUUUUUUUUGUGCUUCUCAAGGGUUUUAUAAAGAACACCAGCAAAAACAUUAUAAUAACAUGAAUACAGAUUUGGGAAAGCCUUUCAAAUAUAUCUAAAGAUUAAACAAACUGUAAAGAGCCACAUUAAUGUAAAAAGCCAAUAAGCCUGAGGUGAUAUAGAUUUCACUCUUACAUUCAUUUCAGCUGGGACCAAGCAACCAUCAUAACAACAACAUUUUUUCUUUUUUUCAGCUUGUUGCCUCUAAUUUGGGACAUGAGGUUGUAGCUGGACUGUUUGUGUUUUCAGGCUAUUAUUAAAAGUGUAAUAAAUCCUUUGGAGCAAAACCAAUAAAUAGAAACAAACUCGUGAGAUAUUUCAGGGCUGAAUACCAAUAUUGAGACAGCUCCUCUUACGCACAGCAAAAACAGGUUUUUGCUAUAGGGAGCAACAACACCAUUAAUUGGUUGAACAAAAAAAAAAUGCAAUUCCAACACCCAGAUUCACAUCGGAUCAAUAAUUCAUCACAACCACAGUGAUUUAAUGAUAUUUUCAUAACACCUCUGUCUCUCUCUUCCCUUAAGUCUGACAAUGACAGAUUGUCUUGUUUUAAUCAGAACCUCACACCUCUUAGCUAUUGUUGUUCGUACAUCUGAAUCUGUCUCUGCAGUGCAGGGACGUGCGCACACGUGAGGCUUUUCUUAACUGCCUGAUGUUUUUUUCAGCACCUGUAACAUGAGGCAAUGAUACUCAGCUGAGAAAAGGAAACUCCACUUUAAUCCUUUUUCAACUUGUACACAUCAAUCACAAAGAUGUCUGCUGGCAUGUUAAAUCAAGGCAGGGGAUUUUUUUUUUUUAUAUAUAUUUAAGUACAUGUAUUACAUCUCUGUCAAUUUUCAAGUUCACAAACUCUCGUGACCCCUUUUAACUGUGAUGAAAUAACCACAACAAUGAUUAAAGAGUGUAAGAUGUAAAAAUGUCUGACAUACUGUCUGAGUACUUAAUGACAGCUGUCAGUAUAGUGAAUAUCAAAGUGUUUUUGUGAGCGAAUUCAACUCAAAAUGAUCACAAGUUUAUCACUCAUCUGUUAUCAGCUGUGACCUUUGACCUCCAUGAACUUAUAAGGCUGCCCCCCCCUGUCCAGAAGAUCCUAAAAGGACUCACAGUAUUGACAUAAUGUCUACUAUUGGCUUAUUAUCAAGAUAUAUGUUUAACCUAAAAUAAAAACAUUGCUUGAGAAACAACAACCUCUCAACACUGAAAAGCUUAAGCAAAGAUUGGGAUUUUAGAUCAGGUAUUGUGGUCCGUACGCUUGAAGUUGUUUUUGUUUUUCUGGUUAUAUGCCGCAAUAUACACCUGAUGACAGGGCUUGCCUUCACAAGCACAAACAUUAAAUCAAAACAAGUUCAAUAGAGGGCUCACUUAUACCUAAGACGAUAAAAACACAAACUUGUUCAGGUUCAUGUGUAGAGGCUCUGCUCCGGAUCAUGGUGGUCACUGGUCUGACUCCCAGCCAUGGCCAUUUACUGCAAGUCCCAUUACUCACCCAAAAUGAUUGUUUCAGCAACUCCAUUCUCCAGCAGGACCUGGAGAUUUUUCUUAGUCCCUUAUACCAAACAUGAGUCAGGCAUUGAGGAACGAAGACCACGAUAAAAAUUAGGAUUACAGGUUUUUGAAACACUUUAUUCUGACUUAUCAAAAGCCCCACAACCCCAAUAAUGAUUAUCAAAUCAUAUCAUAUCAAUAAGUAUAAAGAAAUGAUUUCACCUCUGCCUUUUCACACUGUGGCAGAAACAGACACUGAGGUUCUGCUCACCAUGUUGGGAUUUUAUUUCGCAUAAAAACCCCAAUCACCAUAAAUUAUUUCUUACAUAAUGUAGACACACUUCUGUUACUACAGUCAAUGAUUGUACUAUUUAUAUAAUAGUUUGAUAGUAUUAUAUAGUAAGUCAUGUAAGUCUAUUGUGCUUUAUGUUUUUAUAUUUUGUUACUUUGAUCGAUAAAACUUAACCUGGUAAGUACGAAUAUUUCUAAAAGGGAUGGUUCCAGGUUUUCAUUGUGGUUGAAUAGAUACUUAUCUAUUGUAGGUAGAGCUUUAUGAUGUGCUGUUUAACUUACGCAGUUAUGCAUCACGCUGAUAUAUGCAGUAAACCACACUAACCUCUUUCCAGAGUCUGUGUAUUCACUGUUUUUAUACUGUAAAUAAACAUGACAAUGCCGCCUUCACAAACAACGUUGGGGGAAUGAUAGCGCAAAUACACCUCACUAAUGAGCCUGGGUUUCCUAGCUAUUAGUGGCAUCCAGUCUAGCUGCUGUGACCACACUGUGGCUUUAAACACUCUCUUUACCACAUUUGUUAUGACACACACUCAUGAGUCAAAACCACAUCUACACAGACAAGAUGUGUGCAUUUUGGUUGGUAUUCACAUGCAGUUUAAUUUGUGAUUUUGCCAACGGACAUGUAAUUCUCCACAGUCACUAUCUGAAAAGGAUUUUUCUAAAUGAUCACUUACAGUAUUUCAUACUUUUUUUGGCAAAAAUAAAGCUCCACUAAAAUGUUGAUCUGCAUUAAAAGUACCACAUUAGCAUAUAAUUAGCACUCAAAACAGCACCUCUUUUGCUCCCUUUCUCUUGUUUAGUCUUUUUUUUUUUUUUAUCACCACCACAGAUAGUGCAGUUCGCUAAAUAACACAUUAACAUGAGUAGGCGAGUUAAGGCAAGUAGCUAUAGUAUAGGAUAAAGUUAUUAUAUGAGGCUAAUGUAUACAUGCUAGAGGUGACUUAUGUGGCACUCAAAAGGUCCUAGUCAUCCUUUUUCACCUUCUACUUCCAGCAUGAGGUGUUGAAGUUGUCCAAUAAAUCUUUAAUAUGGCAUAGGGGAAAAUCAAAUAAUUCCAGUGAUAAAACUGAUUUACGGUCUGCUAAUUGGCUGUGCAUUGAGUUUCUAGCACAUGUUACUACUUUGAUGCAGCCCUUGUUAAUUUAAAAGAUGUAUCUUUAUCUGCAAGCAGAAAUUUCAUCACAACCUCUUCUCAGCGCUGAACAACUUUUAUGAUAUUCCUCUGACUGAGAAGUAGUCAGAGGUUCCUGUCAGCAGCUGAGUGCAGACCUCCAGCUGCCAGGAGCUAUGAGGAGGAAAAAUAAUCAUUACAAGUAGAGAGAGAAACUCACCAGAAGUUUGUGAUGUCUGAAAACCAGAGCACGUCACCAUAUAAAUAUUUAUGGUUCAUCCUGACGUCAUGCAGAGGGUGCUAAGUUCAAAUGCUGAAAUCAGAGGGAUUUAACUAUUUUGACAUGCUCUAGAUGUGUAAAUGGGAAAUUUUUACUUUUUUCCUCACCAGCAGUGGAAAAACACAGAUAUGGAAAUAAGUCAAAAUACAAAGUAAUACGGUACAACAUGUGUGGACAGCUACCGUGUUGACAUUGCAGAGACUAAUAAGAGUUAUUUAAAUAACAUGCCAUAAUAAAAGGCAAAAAUUACCUGUUCAACAAAAACUCUGCUGUCUCGGUGUCUGUUUUCAGGCCCAAAUUCUGGCUGAGCUUUCUCCACCGCUCAAAGGAUGACCCGAGGUUUAUUCCUCGCUUGGUCACAUUUCCUCUUCGUCGCUGCCCUUUCUUCCAUCGGCUCGCGUUUUCUUAGCACUUUUGGCUGUGGGGCAAGCAGAACUUUUAUUUAUUUCAUUUAUUUUUACUUUUAGCUGCUCAGAGCUCCGGGGAGGGCCGCGACAGUGGGAGGGGAUCAGUUGGAAACGUGGGAGAGGGGUGUGUCAAAUACAGCGAGGUGAUUGGAUGAAGAGGUAGAGCAGAAGAUUUACCAAUAGAAGCUGUCCAGGACGGAUGGCUCCCAUUGGUCAGUGUUUUUGCAGCCCUGCUAGGGUGAACAGAUUAGAUAGGACAGAACAGAUAGGACCAUGAUCGCCAUAUAAACGAGGUUCAAUAAUUACCAAUCUCUCCAAUUGUCAACCAUGCCUCUAAUGGAUAGUUUAGAUGACAUGAUAGGAAAAGCAUCAAUUCCUGAUUUCGGUGUUUCGUGAAAAACAGUAAUGGUAGCUAGCUUACUGUUACAUUAUCUAAGAGUUAAGAGUUUUUGUGUUAAUAUUUAGUGCUGUUUAGUAGAAACUCAAAUGUUGCAGAUAGUGGUAUUUUUAACUGUUUCCAACCUUCUGCCAUGAUAAUGAGACAGAGAGAGACAGAGGUGGUGAAAGUAACUCAACAUGGUGAGCACUCCAGGAUAACCUGCACCAGUACAUUACACAUGUCCCAAAAUCCCAGAAAUACCGAGAGCAAUUCGGCUUUAAAAUUCGGAUAAUGACGGAAGGCGGAGCCAAGUUGUCCAUGAUAUAUACCAUCUAUGAUAUAGAGAUGACAUAGUUGACGUAGUUGCCUUUCAUUUUUGACAUCUUAACCGUGCAACACUGAAGCUAAAUUGAGUGUCAAAGAAAGUGGACCUGGAUUUUGAGUAGGAGUACAUGCUUAUAUACAGUAUAUCACUCCUGUUGUUAUGUCACCACAGGAGCCAAUUCAAAUCCCCAAUUCGAAGCCAUGUUUUUUACGUGGGCCAUAGAGACAACUUUUACAUUAUGUUGCUGGGCUGUAUGGUGACUCGAGUAUAUAUGUAUAUACAGUAUAUAUAUAUAAGUGGUAGCUUUAAUGGUUUAUCAAACCUGUUGUUGUUGUUAAUGCAUAAAAUUAAGUUUAGAGAAGUAAACUGUAUCUUAACCGCGAACACAAUUUCUUUUAAAAGAAUUCAUGAAUUGAUUAACCAAUAUGAUGUGUACCCUUACUCAUUAAAAAGGCUGGUUUAUACAGCAAAGCAGAAAAAUACAGGACUGUAAGUCUAGAAGAAUCAACUACAACUUCUCAAAUGGACCAUAUGUUUGCUUACAGCCAGCCUUGUCAACAUUCCUCACUCUCAGGGGUACUACACACCAGAAUAUCACCCAGGGUUCGUGAGCCACAAGUACCAAUCCACUCAGCACCUCUUCAAUGCAUUAAUAUGUCUGCCAUAAGGAAUUGAUGUCAACUGAGCAUCUGCUUUGUCUGUCCACUUCAAGUCUAAAGAGGGACUGAGACUCUUGAAAUAAAUGGUUGUCUACUGAGCAGUAAUGGUGACGUUUUCAACUGUUCUCCCACUUGCUCCUUCAAACCUCGAUCUGUAUGCAGACAGGGCGGUCAUUAAUUGUUGCAAACUUUGUUAAAAUCCCUUCGGACCAGGACAAAGUGCAUCUGGACUUGCAAAAGUCAAUAGUACAUGUGAAAGAGGCAGGCAUAAUUGCAAUGUGAGUGUCACUGUAUUGAUGCAAAGUGUUUUAAUUGCUUUUUGGAUUAAGUGAGGAAAUUUUUAACAAACUCAAGGGUCAUGAUGCCAGACAGAGCAAUUAGGCCCAUCUUUCUUCAUUUGGCAUCUUCAAUACUAUGAUAUCUCUGGCUUUUGCUUCUGGCUCAGCCUGAAAACUAAGUCAUCAGUGUAGCUUUUUUUUUUCCAGGCCACUUUCAAAGCCUGGCAUUGCACCCUUUUAUUGCAAUAAACAGUUCUUCCAACACCUCGAACUUAAAAAAUGUUCUCUGUCUGCUACUGUGCGCUAAGCUUGGGGCUAAUAGGGAGAACGAUUAGUAGGUGCAUAUCUGAUUGUCUCGGGGAGCGUGGGCUGCAGCUCAUCUUUCAAACUCGGGGUUUGCAUUUGUUUUCUCUGCUCUGAACCAUGCCACAUCCCAAGGGAGCAUUUUAGAACAUGGAGGCACAGAGAGUGACAAAUUACCAUUUUCUCUUGUUUGUAUGCACAAUGGAACUUCAAUUACUUAAUGCUGAUCUUAUGCAAACCAAAGAGUAUGCUCCCCUCAAAGAUACCGAGUGUUUGUCUCUAGUCUGUAUGGAGGGGGCUGAAAAGAAAUAUUAAGAGUCCAUAAGUUGAAACUGAAAAAUAUGAAUAUCAAGAAGUAUCUUCACACUCAUACCAAAUCUCAGAGCUUGCAGGCUGAAAGGAAAGUGGCAAAGUGCUGCAGAAGCCUUGUACUCAUAUACAGUAUGGCUUUUCAUUUUAGUAAACGCAGAAUAUUUGCAUUAUAUUUUCCACAGCACUUGCAAAUCUCAACAUCUACUCAAUAGAGUGUCAUGGAUUUGCUGCAGAUAUUCAGUUUGUGUUGUGUCCCGUGAGGACGAGUCUCAAUCCCUCUGGCGAUUCUCCACCAACAGGUCUGCGUUUGUAUGCUUCAAUUAAAUAGAUUGACAUUUGUUUGAAUUCUUGGUAGAUGUUCAUGUCCUCCAGGUGACGAUCUGAGAUCAUUUAUAAUCCCAUCAGUCAAUUCGGUAUUUCUUUUUUUAGCCUAUUUAAUUGCCAAACAAAUCAGCCUCUGGUGUACUUUGUCCCUGUUGCUACUCAGUAAACAUCAGAGUGCUGAAAAUCUAUACUAAUGCCACGAUCAGUCUAUACAAGUUUUGGUCUUUUAUUAUGGUUACUGCACAAAAUGUUUCCCACUAAUUUGAACUGUGGGCAUGCUAACUACAGAAAAUAAGGAUUCAGAUGAAAAUAGAAUGAAAUUUUCACAUUUCAGAAAGUAAAAGAAAGAGAGAUUUUAGAGUUUUUUAGUUUUUAGAGCUACUAGAGCUAACUUUUGUUUUUGCAGGUUUUGUAGACAAGGUGAAACUUUUUAGUUAUGUAUGAAUAUUUUCUUUUCUGUGCAAAUGUGAGUUCUGUUUUUUGGCCAAAAAAAAAAAAAAAAAUCUCACCCAGCUGUAUUUUCACACACUUUAUUUUCAUGAAUCUUUGCUUUGAAAAGUAUAAAAGAGAAAGAAGUUCUGAAAGUGUUUUGUUUCAAACUUGUGCACAUCAGUGUUUACAGGCCUUAAAAGUAACUGUAUAGAAAUGACCAGUCGUUAAAUUUGUGUGGUCUCUUUCGCUUUAGUAGGUUAUAUGAAGACAUCAGUAUUGAUUUAAGUCUGUUUCAUAACCAGCCAAAAACUCCUCACAGGAGCUUUAAGUGCCCAUAUGCUUUCUGUUACAUCUCUGCACUUCAGCCACAAGAAUAUAACUUCCCCUUGUGCUCCAGUGAUCUGGAACAAAACAUAGUCCUUAUUCAGAGCUGUGAUGUUUUUAAGUGGUUAUUUGAAGCAAUUGGCGCUUCAGCAGUCUUAGUUUAUCAAAUCAAGCAGGUUUCCUUCCUUUUGUCUUCCCAGACAAUUUUCCUGCUCUGGGCUGCAGCGGGGAGAUAGAAACGCAGAGGAGAUUUUUUUGAUAAAAAGGCUUCAACAACUUGAUACGUCUAGUCAAAGCAUAAAACUUUAGCUUCAACAAAAAUUCAAAGCUUGCUAUGGCAUAGGGAAUAGACUGACUUUCCUUCCCUGUCUCCAUUAUUCAAAGUGAACUUUUAAAGGGAUCUUUUUAACAGCUGCUUAUAACAGAGAGAAGGGUUUCAGUAAGCAAGACCUAUUUGAAUGUUCAUAUGGGCAUCUGGCUGCAUAAAGAAUCAUUCUGUGUUCAUUAGGAUCAAUCAGAAGAAUUGCAUUAAACACUAAUAAAAAGAUAAGCUCUGUUAGUCCUGUCAUAUACUGCAGUUAUGGUUAUUGGCAACUAUACAUGAGUCCAUUUUGCAUUUAGCUACAGAUUAAUUCAGCUUAUUUACCUUGAACAUUUACCACAGCAGUGAUAUAUGUAUGCUAUACAUGUACGGUAUGUAUGAUUACAAACUACCUCCGACACCACUCAGCAUCACGCAGGCCAUGUACAGCCAGCAUUAUUGUCUAGCUGUAGUUCCAAAUAAAGGGAAGUGAUUAUAAUUGAUUAAUCAUUUAGCCCUGGGGUGUCACAAAGAGGUAAUUUAGAUAGCUUAAUUAAUAUAAGAUUAAUUGCUUUUGCACGCCUGAGUCAAGGUUAAAGUGUUAUUUAAUAAUUUGUAUUUGAGAACCCCCUACCUUAGUUGUUCCCUUUUCCUCUCUCUCUUUGUCAUCUUUACUAGGUCACAUAAAUCAGAAUGCAUACAUACUUCCACACAGCAAGUUGGGGUGAUUUUCCUUAUUGAACACCACCUUUUACAGAUAUCACUGUUACAGAAUUAAAUUAUGUAGGAACCAUUAUGGUAGAGGGUGGAAUCAAUAAGCAGUCACAAAGUGCUUUCCUUUUAGCUACUCUUGCUUUCAGACAUCUUACAUGGUUUAGUGUGCAGACCCAGAACUGAUAUUGUGCAGUCUAAGGAAAGGCUGUAGUUCUCCAGCCGGACCCCACACCUUCUCAUUUAAUUGAGCAUUUAGGGGAAUCAUAUAAUUCUAAAAUCUGUGCUCAGUUGAUUUGUUUUAUUCAUCUGGUUUAUAUGAUAAAUACAACAGAUAAAUCCCACCCUCAAAAAAGCAUUGUUGUUAAUUUCAGGAGCUGUUCCUGUUGCAGCUGUUAUUGUCACAGAGUGUGAGCAGAACUGAUUGCAACUUCCCCCUGCAAUUUCAUAAUAAAUUUGUCCAUGGGAAUUUUUGGACUUGAUCGGGUAGAGGGCACAAACCUACCAUUUUGUUCGCUUGCUAGCUUGUUCUGCACAGUCCUAUUUUGGGAGGAGUAUCCAACCAGUGAAUAGAUACAUGGUGAUAAAGUGGAAGUGGCAGUCAAAGACACAAACCUCUAAUGGUUGGUUCAACCAAAGUUUGAUUACACUCUAAGAUAAAAUAAAGGUAAGGUCCAAGUAAUUCAGUCUCAAUCACUUCCAGGGGAAAAGAUAGAGUGCUUACCCUCUGCAUAUGCUCACUGUUUCAAUUCAAAUUUGUCUGAGUCCUUCCUCUCCUGUAAUCUCCUGAAUUAAUCUUACACAUUGUCUCAACUUUCUCUGAUUGGAUUUGUAUUGUAUUUUUAACCUUCCUUGGCUGUCUGACAUUUGUGCCACAAUUUAGCAGAACCAAAAGUCACCUUAGUUCUGUUUCAUUCCUUUUAAACAAUCCAUUUCUUGAGUGUUUGCUCCGAAGGACGAGGAAACCCCAUUUAAGCACAGGCAAAGCUGUUAAUUUCUGAGAGGGGUCUGGCUGCAGACCUCUACUAAGAGGACUCAAAGUUGUUUGAAACCUUUCAAAAUAAAAGCAAUUAGACCUAGAAGUUCAUAUUUGUUUUCUCGUGUGAAUAUAAUUUUUGGGGGGGGCUUUAUUUUAUGAAUAUGAUUUUUUGUGUGACCACUUAAAACAAACUGGAGCGCGUGAGAAAAAACCUCGGGUCCUCUCAGUGGAGGUCUGCAGCUAGACUGGCUUGUACUUUUUACAGCAUGUUUACAGCCUGCGAAGAAAAACAGUUUUGGUCUCAUUAGUUCGUCUCUUUAUUUGUUAAAACUCUACAGGGGAGAGUUUUUUAUAACUUGUCUGUUUAUGAGUGAAAUGGAUAAUGAGGUUUAAUUAGGAGCCUGGCUGUUUAGACUGGCAGGCGGAUGUGUUGAAGCAAAGUACCAGAGGACUGGCUACAUCCUUUUUACUAGUUUCUAGUUUAGUUAGUCUGAGUCAACUUUUCCACUUCCGCUUUCUACAAGACUACCAGUUUGAAUCUGAUGGACCCUUACAUUCACAUUUGGUCCUGACUUGCAAAACCUACUUUUCAAACAACCUCUUCAUAGUUGUAGCCGGACCUCUUCAGUCCCAGGAUUUUCAAGGACCUCUUUUCAUCUCAGCACACUACUGUAGGAAAAUCCAUGAGAAAAUGUGAGAUAAAAGUGAACUCUCUGAUCGCUUCCUCUGUUAUUUUAUCUCCAUUUAAUUUAAUUCAUUGUUUGACUACCACAUGCAUGUUAUUAGACACGCUGCAAGGCUCUCUGGCCUUUCCAGCAAAAGAACCAAGUUGGACUGCUGCAAGUAUCUCAUGCCCUUAGAUGUUAUUUCACAUCCAGCUGUGUUUCUGACACAAACUCAGCUGCACAUUUAUUGCCACAGCAGUUAUGAGAAAGAAGUUCUGUCAAUACACGUUAGUGCUUUUGAAGCUCUGAUCAUCACACCGUUAGAGCGGAGCAGACAAAUGAGAGAGUCUGGCUGAUGCAACGGCUUGAAAAUGUGGUGUCUUUCUAACAUCAUGUUUCUAUAGAAAUUAAGUUUCACUACAUGAAAUACAAGGUGCACAGGUUAACUAUUUUAGGAAAAAGCACUGGAACAAGAUCAUUCAAGGGUGCAUGCAUUGUCAUUUCAAAACAUGAGAGUCAUGCAGAUAUCCUUGCCCAUGAUCUGCAGCUUAUUCAUAUUGACAGCAUAGCGUCUUCAUACAUAUUGAUGAAUGGUAAAUUGUUUUUAUAACUCUAUUAUUUUGGUAGUCCACUGCUGCGUUCCAGUUACCUAGGAAGUUAGAUGUCGGAGCUGGGAAUGACGUUACACCAGAGUUGACGGCAUUCCAGUAAACAAGUCGGAAAACCAAGAUGGUUGCCUACAGUUAGCUGUUGUUAGCUGUUGUUUACGAUGGUCAGCAGUCAUUAGCCCUUGUCAGUCGUUGUUAGCCAUUGUCAGCUGUUGUUAUUUACUGUUAGCUAUACCAGUUGUAAACAACGCACAACACAGUAUUUUACUGUACAAACCCCAUAGCAACGUGUUCACAGUUGGACGUUGGACAGCACAACAUAAACCACUUAUUUAAUUUCACAAAACCAAACAGAAGUGCUCAUAAAUAAUACAUUACAAGAGCUUUAACUGUUACCCUUUACUGUUGAUGCACUGCGCUGCGAGGUUGGCGAGGUUUGUCCGACUUUCUGAGUUGGAAAGCCGAACUUCAGGCGGGCGUUCCAGAUGAAUUUCUGACUCAGAGCUCGGAAAUCCUAACUUUCGAGUACAACUUGAACGCAGCAUUAUUCUUUUGCUGACACCAUGGCAACAUGCCAGCAACCACUGCAAUCUAUCAGUUACAGUCAAUCAUUUAUACCAAUUCACAUAUUAACUUGUCUUUAAAGAUUAGUAUGGCUGCUCAUUAUAUUUGGAUCAUUUUUGAUAUUUGGCUCAGCUGGUUGUGGCACAUGGUUGUCUGGUCUUGCUAAAGGUUUCUGCCACUUGAGGUGUGGUAUUAAAAUAUGAUUGCUUGUUGAUAACAGUAUCUUCAGAUUUUGGUAUGACAGACCAAUUGUUGGCGUACAAUAUCCAAUAGAAACAUGGCAUAAAAAUGCUGCAGGGGUUCAGACUAAAGGCUCCAUGAGUUGGAACUACAUCUGUUCAACUAAUAAAUGAAACUGUUCUCAUAUGUCAUUGUUAAGGAACUGAUAGUGUGAAGUGAUGUGUUUCAGUUUUACCCAUAUUUCUUCUCAUGUCUUUACAGUGGGAUGCCAUCACAGAGAUGGACGAGCAGAACCGGCCCAUUCACACCUUCCAGGUUUGCCAUGUAAUGGAGCCGAACCAGAAUAACUGGCUGCGGUCAGGAUGGAUCCAGCGGCAGGCUGCACAGAGAGUGUGUACUAUAACACAUCACUUCCUUAGACACACACACUCAACUUGCUAAGAAACCUUGGCCUGAUAUUGUGAUCAAAUGGAGUAGUGUUGAAGCAGAGUGCAGUGGUGACAUUGACUCAAGGUUGGGGAAGUGUUGAAGUAACAGGAGGGAAUUAAAACUCUCGUAUCAGAAGAAGUAGAUAAGGACGGCGGCUGUUUAGGAAUGUGCCAAAAAUCUUUUUAGCCAUAUGCCAUCUUACUUUCAUCUUUAUCAUCAAUUUUUAUGAAUCCAUUAAGAGUCGUGAUUGCACUUAACGCAUUUUAUACCAUGUGAGCUAAAAGCCUGCCAUUUUCCUGUGUUGAAAUCACCAUGUUAGGAGGAUUUAUCCCAAAGACAGAUUCAACUUUAUUUCCUUGCAGUAAGGCAACAUGCAGAAACGCCUUCAAAAUGUUCACAGCGCUGUUUGUUAAAUGUAUAAUGAGCUCAUAUUUGUUUAUAAUUUAUGAAUACUCCCACUCAGGUAUACGUGGAGCUGCGUUUCACACUCAGAGAUUGCAACUCUAUUCCCUGGGUGUCUGGUACCUGUAAGGAAACCUUCAACCUUUUCUACCUUCAGACUGAGGAGCCGCUCUCUGCAGGGACAAGGUUUCGGCCCUCUGAUUAUGCUAAGGUUGGUUUUUGAGCUUCUGUUGUAAAGAAGGAACUGCAUUAAGCGCUAAUCAGUUUGCUCAACAAUGAACUGAGCUAAUGAAGAGCUUGUUUUUGGCUUCAGGUGGACACAAUAGCAGCAGAUGAGAGUUUCACACAAACCGAUCUUGGAGAUCGUGUUCUUCGCCUCAAUACUGAGGUCAGAGAGGUGGGACCGGUGACGCUGAAGGGUUUCUACUUGGCGUUCCAGGAUGUGGGAGCGUGUAUCGCUCUCGUAUCAGUGAGGGUCAGUUAAUGGAUGGUCUGUCUUGUGUCUAAAGACCUUGUUCUUGAUUUUUUUCAGAGAACUGGCAGCGCAUCAACUUCUGACUUUUUUUUUCUUUUCAUACCAACAAGGUCUUCUACAAGCGCUGCCCAUCCACUCUGAGAAAUCUGGCGGCAUUUCCAGAUACGGUGCCGCAUAUGGAUUCAUCAUCUUUAGUAGAAGUGAGGGGUGCCUGUGUGGAGAACGCAGAGGAGCGGGACACACCCAAACUGUACUGCGGUGCUGAUGGAGACUGGCUGGUGCCACUUGGCCGCUGCGUCUGUAGUAUCGGACACGAAGAAAUGGACGGGAACUGCCCCGGUGAGAAGUAGUUUUGUAUGUUCUUGUCUGUGUGUGUUUUUCCUCUUGAGCAACAGUGUGCAAAAGCUGCAUAGACAAAGAGGGAAACAAAUAAAGAGGAAAACAGGGAGAGGAGAAGAAGAGAAAGCAUUGCAUCACAUUAAGAGAUCUCUAGGGCCUCUCCAGUCAUCUGCAGGACUUUGAGUUCACAGGACUGCUAUCCCCCCCCCCCUCCCGCUCUGAGAUCCUGCAUCCUUGUCUGAUCCUCUCCGUCCACAUCUCUCUUCAUCUCUUCACAGCUCCACCUCCCCUCCUCAGCUUCUCCUCUCUCUUGUCCACUUUGUUUACGCUCCACUUACAACCUCCACCGGUUUUUCUCCUCCAUGUCUCUUUAUUUGCUCUCUUUUCAUUCAUCUCUCCUCUCUCCGUGCCUUGCCGUCUCUUGCAGCCAUUCUUCUCUUCUACCAGAUUCGACACAAUGUGAAAGCGCAGACCUAGAAUUUGUUGACAUUUUAAUAUCGUAGUAUUAGUAUUUUCUUCCUUGAACUCUCUUGACUCUAUAAUUAAUGUGUAGAGAUCGGAAAAGUACUUCUGUUAUGUCACGUUUAAAGAUAUAAUAAACACUAUGCUGCUGCAGAUAAAUGCAACAAAUGCAAACUUUGAUAAAUACUGCACACACAAAGCGUCCUUGUAAGGCUUUUUAGGAUGCCUCCCCUCUAAUUAGUUGUAUCAGCACUACCUAAAUGUGGCCUAUUGUCAGCAGAACAGAUAAAGUUAAAGCAACGGUUGUUUCAGAUAGUCGUUGCCCUGGUUUCUCAAUUAGACUGCGCCAACGGAGUGGGGGCUAGCUCGCUAAUUGCCUUCAUUUGUUAGUUUCACAGCUAAUUUAGCCUGCACCUAGCAUUAUCUAAAACUCCCUCAACCCUCUCUUUCAGAGACUUUCUCUUGUAAUUAAAGCAGGUGCUAAAUUGAGCCACACUGCAUGAUUACAAUUGAAGUGUUACUCGCUGCAUUUUGCAGACAUACAGAUGUCUCAGCUGGUAGGGGUGAAAUUCAUGUAGUACCCCUGUGGUGAUGUGGUUACUCAGCUUAUUACAGAGAGAACUCCAGCAGUCAUUAGCACAGCUGAUAUGUAGGACAGGCUAUAAAAUCGUCUUUAUUUGCUCCUCGGGUGUAAUACUUCUUUUUAUCUUCUCCUCUUUUAUCUGCUUUUUAUUUAUCUUUUCUCUCUCCUGCACUCAAUCAUCUCAAAGACGUGGUUAAACAAUAGAGAGUCCUGUCAGGGGGGAUUACUGAUGAGACAGGCAGCUUAUAGGAGCAGCACUCUGAUGGUGUCCCCUGUAUAUGUCCUACACAUAUACUUUCCCUAUCCCCUCAUCAGUAGAUGGUCCUUUGCUUCUCUUGAUUGUACUCUCCCUUCAUUGGUAUUCAGGGAUCUCGGCAGCAGCUCAAAUAAAUAAAACAGUUAUUUUUUGGUAACCGUGUAUAGUACUUGGAUCACUUAGUGACAUAUGGGAAAGUGCUAGUCACUUUUUUCAUAAAUGCAAUCAAUUUCUAAGAACAAAAUGCUGUUUUGAGUUCACUGAGCUCAAGUAUCAGAAACAAUACGGAGGGUCAGGCACGUUGUCGGUCCUGGAUAACCUCUACUUUUUACAGCCUUCGUAGAAAGCAGAAAUAAAGUAAUGUUGGUUCAAAGGUUGAUGAACAGUUUGUAGGUGGAAGCAGAAAACCCGCUACAAUAGGGAUGUCAUCCCUCUGGGAGAUCAUGAGAUAAUAAAGGAGGGUUGUUGGAGGUUGCAUAUUUUAUCCAUUAUUAUAGGAAUAUUUUUUUAAAAGUUGUCUAGUUCUAAAUAACACCAUGCAAAUGCAAAUUUCGUCUGUUCGUUCUGUUCUUUGUUGACCCCCUGAAGUGAUCGUGACAGAUUCACAAAGGCAUCAGUAGCAGCAGGUUUAUUCACUCACAGCAGCAGAGGUAACAGUGAUAUGAGCACAAACUCUAGAUAAGCUAAUUUUCUGCAGACUAGAAGACUCCCCUGUGUGUUCAUUUCUUUAAAAGUGUGAUCACUCUAACUGUCUAAAGAUGAAGAUUCCUGUAUUCUGUCAAUAGAUUACUUGCCUCUAGCCUCAUGAGUCUCUGGCUCCGUGAUUUUGGGGGUCAGGGGCUGCAAAGUAAUACUAACCCCCUGGUGUAGUCAAUCAAUCAAUCAAUCAAAUUUUAUUUAUAUAGCGCCAAUUCACAACAGUCGUCAUCUCAAGACGCUUUUCAAGGAACAAGAGCAGGUCUGGACCGCGCUCAUUGUUUGAUGAUCAAGAACCAACCUAAGAUGGGUUUUGGCCCAUCUCAACUAACAUGAGUAGCAGUGGCAAGGAAAAACUUCCUUUUAACAGGCAGAAACCUUGGGCAGGACCAGACUCAUGCUAGUCGAUGGAGCCUGCCAUGAUACUCUUGUACGGAAGCUUUUACUGGACAAACCAGGGAGCAUUUUGAGAUUUCCCUGUUUCUCUAAGCUGUCUUGCAUGUUUGGAUCUGGUGGAGAACACUUUAGCAUAUUAGACAGUCUCCAUUAUCGUGAUAAAAUAGUGGCCUAUCUUUGGGACGAUUAAGACAUAAAAACUCUUAAAAGACAGCAAAUCCUCACAUUUAAAACAUACUACUUUGUCUAGUCUUCAGAUGUGCCUAUCAUGUCCCAGUCAGUACGUUUACAUGACACUCAAGAAAACCGAAUUAUUGCCUCACUCCGAUUGAGAUCGGACAACUAAAGUGCAUGUAAACACCUUAGUCCGACUAUAAUCGGAGUUUGAGAACUCUGAUUAAGACACCCAGUUAAUGUGAUUGGAAUUAGAUUUUCUCUACUAUGUAACCAGCGUAGUCGGAGUAUAAUUGAACAAUGCGUGUGCACAUGCGCCACGCCCCCGUAACCUCGGAACAAAAACACCAGAGAGGAGGAGUAGCGUGCACCUCAUCUGCAGAAAAAGUAGCGCGUACAUCAUGUACGACAAAAACAACGCUGCACGAUGCUUGAAAAUGCCCUGCAGCAGUUUUAGCCACUUCUGACACAGACCUGCUGUUGUUGUUGACAGUUGUAUGGGGUCAACCAGAAAAAAGAUCCAUAUCACACCCUAGGAGAGAAGUCCUAUUUGUUGAAAAAAACGAAUUAUGAGCUCAGUCCGAUCAAGCUGUGCAUGUAAACCCACUGAGUGUUCAUUCCAUUCUGGGCAAACCGGCAUCAAACCAUCAUUUAUCUGCUCUGAGUCUGGAGGAAAGCAAGCAAAAUUCCCCAAACUCUGCAGAUAAAGUGUGGUGUUUUAUUGUUUGACUGUGAGGACAGUGAGGUUCAGAAAUGUCAAGUAAGAUCUAUCAGAGGUGAUUCGCUGUGGAAUUUGCAAACGGCGCCUCUGCACUUGUUAACAAUGGGUUUGGAGAGGAGAAGUGAUCAAUAUCAACAACACAUUACGGCUUUAUAAUUAUUAAUUCAUGGCUUAAAUGAUUUAUGGCCAAUUAUUUUGCUCAUCAAUAUUUCCGUUGGGCCUCGCAGAGCUUGUGCGGUGAUAAAGAUGUGCACUUGGCAAGUAUAGUUGCAGGAAGUUUAGGCGUGAACUUGCGAUGACUUCUGCUUUCUCCUCGUUUUCAUUUUGGAACACUGCUUCAAAGGGUACUGUGAUCAAAGCUGUCUGAGAGGCAGCAUGGGGAAAGAGCAAAAGAGGGAGAGAGAGAGAGAGGAGAGAGAGAGAGAGAGAGAUGGAGAGAGAGAAAAGGGAAAACCCCAAUGCUCUCCAAUAGAGGCAGAGCUCUGCGCUAACACGUCCAUCUUUCCCUCCCAGCUGCCUAAACAAAGGCAUCAGCGCUUAUCAAACCCCGCUUUCCACCCCAAUAGCAUUCUGCCAGACUGUUUUGACAUCUCAAUCGAGUGCUUUAUUAUUCUAUUCCUUUCAUUCGGUGUCAGCCACAAGAGGAUUACUCAGAGAUAGGCUGGUUAUAUCAUGACCUAGAUAAGGCAACAUCAUAGCCCUAAUGCUAUUUGUUCCACAUCCUUUCGUCACACCAUCAAAUUCAAAAAGAAUGCGGGGAAUUGUGGAAGAAGCUAACAGAGACGUCACGUUGAGUUUCGUUCGAGUCUGAAUAGAAAGGCAGACAAGAGCCGAAGACCACCAGAUGGAUAAGUGAUCACAUUCUGUGCCAAAAAAAUACUUCAGUAUUCAAAUAUUUUCGAUUUGACGAAAACUUUCAAAUGAAUUGCAGCUACCACCUGCUGGGAUUUUUGGAGCAUCCUUUUUUUUUUUCUACAGAUGAAUAGAGAGGCAGCAAAUAAAGAGAUCUUCUGUAUAACACAGUAAAAUACAUCAUUGUUUUCUUCACUUCUCUUUUUCCCACGGGUCUUUGGGUGAUAGAGAUCAGCAGAAAUUGACAUUGUGUAGCUUUUUCCCUCCUGUGACCUCUGCCGUGUCGGGACACAGGAUUGAUCCUCCGGGAUAAGUUCAGACUUUUUCCUUGAAUGGAGGUAAAUUGGAAUAGGAAAUGAGAGAAUCAAUACAUCGUUCUCGGUUGUAUUGAAGCCACUGUGCCCCUCUUGUGUCCAUAAAGGAGUGUGUGUUUACUCCGGCCUCUAACACAGCUCAGCCAGACUAGAGCAUCACUCAUUCUCUGUGAACUUCCCAUCUGCAUAUCAAAGCUGAGAGUCCAGGGUAAACACAGUCUCUGCCUCCAUCUGUUUCUGACAACGUAAAGCCAAGAGAAAACUUCCAACACACCCAAACAACUCCAAAUCUCUUAGCUGGGAUGUCAUAACUCUUCUGCAACUGUUCAGUUUCUCCUGAAGGUCAACUUAUGAAUCAUGUAUUUUUAAUGCUAGGUAAGAAAUUUAUACAGGAGUGUUGUUUUAUUCGUUUGAAUACUUGUCAAUUUUAACAGCGGUCAGUACAUGAAAUGAUCUGAAUAGAAUAACUGGAUAGUUUACCAGCCUGCCUGGUCAUUUUCACAGCUUCGUCUCAGUUUCAAACAGACUGUCACUGACCUCACCUAUAGACGGGUUUCUGUGCAAUGUCGUCGCAGGUAUGUGCGCGCAGCCAGGGGGCAAAAAGUGGGACAUUUCUUAUUUGUUUACUAACAGAGUCAACGAGGAAGAAAAUGACAAGGAGCUGUUGUGCCGUAAACUGUCACGAAUUGGCAAAAGGAUGGAUGGAAACUAUUCAGCAUUCCUAGGGGAUCUGAUCCUUUUGCCAAGAGAAGAAGAUUGUGUCAUCGUAAGGUUUUGCCUUUACUCCCUGUCUCUGGCUGGGCAGGACGCAAUAUUUUUUUUUUGUCCUGCCCUCCUUCGCCUCUGAUUGGCUAGAAGUGCUGGGCUCCGAUUGGUUAUUCCUUAUGGCUGUGAAACGUCACCGUCUGUCGGGUUAGCGUUAGGGUUAAGGUAAGGGUUAGGAUUGGGGUAAGGGUUAUGAGAUUCAGAAGUGCGAUAAUGUUCUGUAAUGUUCUGUUUGAUGUACAGAGCCGACAGCCUGCGUUCGUAUAAGGAGCUUGUAUAAAUAAUUAUGAGUAUAAGAACUAGUUUAACUUGUAUAAUAAUAAUAAUAAUAACAGGAAUUAGAAGUUUUAUCCAACAAUAGCUUCUACAGGAAACUACAGUUCUGUUCUUCUUCUUCUUUUAUAUAGUGAGGGUAAUACAAGUUAUAAAUAAUUAGAAGAUACAAUUGCUUUUUUAUAUUUAAAUCUAUACUUUUAGAAAAUUUCAAAGCAAAAUUGAAACAAUCAGUGCAGCAGGUUAAAUAUCUCUGGUUUUGGGGCUGUAUAAUGAACAGAACAAGACUUUUCACGACACCGUCUUGGACUUUGAGUAAAAUGAUAAUCAGUGUUUUCUGUCAUCUUUUAUUAUGAAAUGAUUAAUUUAUCAAUCAGAAGUAUAAACACUAAAAUGCAUCUCGUGCUGUUGUUGUCAACAUGCCGGAGCUUCCUGUACAGGUAUUGUUUCUGCAUUAUUGCUUUUGUUUUGUGCCUACAGCAGUGUUUGCUCUGGGUUGAUAUACAUAUUUUGUAGCGGUAUUGUUCCCUCCAUGAAUAAAAAUGCAUUCCAUGACAAAAAGCCCGACAACAGAUAGUGAACAUAUUGGAUCUCAUUAUGUGUGUGUGUGUGUGUUUGUGAGAUGUUUUCAAACUUUUUGAUAGAAAUAGUGGUAGGACUAUUGUAAUUGCUUUUUGGUGGUGAUCUUCUCGCUGUGUAGCGGAGAGCAGGGAGCAGCUGGAAAUUCAAAUGAAUCUGUGUGUUUGUCGCCUUUGGCAGGAGCUCAGCUUAGGAGGAAAGUAAUAUCCAAGUGAAUGAGGGGCCUCAAAAAUUGGAAGCUGGGUGACAAAUUACUCUUCUCAUGAGGAGCUUAGCAGCAGCGUGAUUUUGGGGAGGAUUUCUGUACGUGUGUCAAUCCUCCAUCUCAUCUCUUUUACAUAUCUUUAUACUUACUUCUGUCCACUUAUUCUUACAGACUUUUUUAUUUUAUUUUAUUCCAAAUUUAACAUUAAUCAUGCAUGCCUAAUUCUAGUCUAACCUUACUCUUGUUCUAUAAUCAAAAAUAUCUAAUCGCUUCCUUUUCAGGGUCCUCAUGUUUAUUCAGGGAUCAAUAAAGUUCUUCUUAUCUUAUCUUGUGUUUGUUUACCACUGUUUGUUUUGUAGAUUUACCUUUAAAUCUCCUGUAGGUAAUUUAACAUUGUGACUUGAUAGGAAGAAAAAUGCACAAAUCCGCCUGUUUGUAGAGUCGUCAUCCAGGAUGAAUACACUGUCUUUUUUGGGAGUCCUGUGUUCCAUCAUGCUGUAGGCUCCUCUGGAUUGCUACUAAAGAUGUUUUGCUGCUGUAGCCCUGCCUACUUUCCGGUUGCUUCAACUUUGUGCAUCAAUCUCACCUCUGUCCACCUCUUCAUCUCUAACAGCAGAUGACUGUCUAGCAUGAGUUUGCUUCUGCAAAGUGUUAUACACUCAUGUGGUUGACAAUGGGAUGGAAGUGAGUCUUAUCUAAAAAGUGGGGCUCAGUCUUAUCCCUUUUUUACAUUGGGACUUUAUAAAUAGAGUCUUAAGAAUCUUAGCCCAAAUUUCCACCGCAUCCGGAACGGCUCCGAUCUGGAACGGCAGCAAUUUUCACCAUCCGCCAAUUCCUUCCAGAUCCGAGUUUUGUGGUGGAUUACGGACAGCGGUUAAUGUGACAACUCACAAGAACCUGCAGAUUCACAUGCAAUAAACAUACGUGAUAACAAGUUGUCUCUAUAAACAAACCCACAUAGCCCAACUUCCCAUCCAGCACGGGUUAAUCUGUGCUGAAUUUAUCCGGCUGUCCAGGCGUUCAGAAAAAAUAGAACUCUUGUGAUCAGCUGCGGAGUCCGGCAAUCAGCGGCGAACGGAAAGAAGCCGGUGGAAAUUGGCACAUUACCUUGAAUGGUUACAAUCAGCUACGAUCGGCGGAUAUAACCUUUUCGUACCCGUUCCGGAUGUGGUGGAAAUUAGGGGUUAGACUAGCAAUUGUUUUAAAUCGGUGCAGUAUAAAUAAAGAUGGAUUACCGGAUUGAUUGACUGAGGACUGAAUAAAUUGGCUUUAAAAAAAGGGUGACCAGUAUCCAUAAAAGUUGUUUACCUUAAUAAAAUACGUGCAGUAAUUAUUUGUUUUAGCUUCAUGUUUGUUUUAGAUCUUUCAGUGAUUUUGUGUUUGUUUGUUUGGUAGUUUGAGCUUUGGUUUAGAGGAAAAAUUAUGUUUGUAUGAUGCAACUAUUUUCCUGUGAAAAGACAGUCUUAUUCUAGAUGUAUCAUUGAUUAAAUCCAACUAAUAAAAACAUAAUCAAUAGUAUAAUAGGAUUGAAGUUCAGCAAGUCAAAGGGCAUUUCUAUACAUCUCGGCACAAUGAAUCACUUUUAUUAGACGGAUUUACUACUGAACUGUUGGUACCAAUAUAAAUACACUAGCGAGUCUUUAGCCAGGGGAAAACUUAUGUAACAUUGUUGCCUGAGGUACACUGUCUACUCUUCAUUCUCUUCCAUAGUUCUUCCAUGCUGCAGCUGCAUACAUGUAGAUAUAACAGAUGUUGCAACAGUUGGUCUGCAUUACAGCCUGGAGGAUGUUGUAAAUCUUGAACUGCUGAACUUAAUCACAGCCUUCAUCAUUUUCCUGACUUGCGUGCUGGGAGUCGUUUCAGUCAGUUAACUUGAUUUUACAAGGAUAACCCGCUCAUGACAAUAAUGCUUUACAAGUAGCAUGGGUACAGUAGUGAAUGCUGGGUAGCAUCUGGGCAUCUUUCAUUCAGAAUGAUCACUAUUAAAUAAAAGGGCCAAUCUCCAAUAGAAGUAAUGUGUUUCAUUGGCGGCAAUAAUUCACUAGACAAUAACAGAUCCAUUUAAUGUGUCUGCAAGGAAAAAAAUAUAUAAACAUGGACAAAAUCUGCAACUCUGUGCUUGUAGAAAAAUAUUAAAAUGCUGAAAUGAUAAAGUCCUGGCUCUCUGCCAUUAAGCCUUCAUUGAAUUUUCCAGUGCAUUCCCCUGCUCUCUAUCAUUGUCUAUCUUAUACCUGGCAUAUUUAUUUGAUAUUUCUGAAAUUAUUAUUCCGCCCACACACAUAUAUUUUCACACAAAUCACUCUGCAAUCCAAUUAUGCCAAGAUUCCCAGAAUAUUACAUCUUUGCACCAUUAGUGCUUUAUUUUUCUCUGCUGAGAUAAGUCUGGGUAAAAGUAGACAGUCUGCAACGGAUCCACCAUCUUCUGAUAAAGGAAAAGACAGGAUGAAAAAAAUUGAGAAAAAAAAUUAAAAACCAAGAAAAGGUGGAAAUAGUGGCAGAGCAAAACAGUUGGAGAGAGAAAAAAAAUUGAGAGAUAAGGGAAGGAGCGUUGGCUGAAUUGAUGGAGGGAAAGAAAAGUGAAGGUAAAAUGGGAGAGAGCUGGAAGAAGUAAUGAGGUAGGAAAGUGAACCGGGGUAAGGUGGAAAAUUAAAGAAUACCUGGGUCAGCAGAAUGGACCAUGUAAGUGGAUGGAGGUUUUAGACUGAAAGCAGGCUGUAAUUGCAUUUUCAUAAUGCAUUAUUUGUAUGUUAAUAGCUCUAUUUUUUUUUCUACCUGCCUGGCAAACAAUGCCAACUUCCCUCUGACUCUAUUGAAGAGAAUCUGAAAGUAGGGACUCUAUUAAAUGUGCUAAUUAAAACAAAUAGACUUGGGAGGGGUUUUUUUUAUUUCUAUUUCUGAAUCAUUUAUAAAGUACACAUAUUCUUUUUCGGGGUAACUUCUUGUUCUUAUGUAUUUUUCUUCUGCAUUGUAAAAAAAAUCACAGUUACAGGUAUUCUUGCUCCAGAUAGUCGGUGAAGCUUCAUGUGAUAAAAGCUAUUGAUAUCAGUUUUUACUCUGUUGCCACUGUAGUUUUCUAAAUACGCUAUUGGCAUGCUUUUAUACAAAAACAAGUAUUACUUUUCAGUCAUCACACAAAUUGCUGAAUUGUUUGGAAUUUGCCAUAAAAUCGGUUAUUUUUAGAGACUUUAACCUGUACGAUGUAAAACAGUUGAGAGCUGUGUUGUGUCCUGCGUAGGCUGGAUGGUUCAAAUCGAAUUAAGACGAUCUAACCUUUGGUUACUUGCGUUAUUACAUCACUAAACUGAUGAUGGCGUCAUGUAGCAACACUUUUGUCACUAAGGUAGCGAACCAGCUAGCAUAGUUAGCUUAACACAUUUAAGAGGUAAUGCCAGAUUCCAAUGCUUCCGUCAUUUAAAGCAUUUGUAAAGCUUGCUACUGAUUUAAAACAAAAAAUUACUACUGUAAAGUGUCGUACACAGCAGUUUGAGAGUUCACUAUCUUGAUUGUAUUGGCAUUAAUGGGGUGAGUGGAGGCCAAAAAUGACUAAUUUAGUUGCCACAUUUGGGGUAGCCAAAUGACACAUUCAACACAUGACAUGUUGGCGUGUGGAGAGCCCAACAAUUUAGGCGUGUCCCAUAUAGGCUGCCCAAGUUCAAUUCCAUCCUGCAACCUCAUUCCCUGCCCUCUACCCUGUUUCUUUAUCCUCUCUGAUCUAUCCGUCAAUUAAUGCCAAAAAAGCCCCAAAACAAAUCUUGUUGUGUUCGUUGUUAGCCACUACUGUUCAUGCUCAUGUUGGCCAAAUUGUUUCCAAAGGAUCAUGAUUUUUUAAGCUCUGCUUUUGGGGCUGUUACCUUGUCUUUAUUUUACAUCAACCUGACUAAAAGAUUAAAGCUUCCACUUGUUCAAACUGGUUUUUGUUGCUCUCAACAUUUUCUCACAAGAUGAUUCAAAACCAUACAGCCAAAUACGUUAACCUCAUAUCAGCAAACUCAAAAGUUUUGAUCCUAUUUUUUAUUUUUAGUGCUUUCUAACAAUUCUAACAUGGUAAUAGAUGCCAAAUGUGUAUAUAGUUUAUAGUUGUGGCUUAGUUAGCCACCUGAGAUCUGGUCCAUUAAGCAAAGAGGUUGCCUCCUACCAGCAUUUAGCAUGUUAGUGUUGUUUGGUGUCCUACCCUCGCUAGCCUAUUGACAGUCCAACCUGUAAUCACUUGGGAACUGCAUGGUCUUGGUGCAAAACAGGACAAACUAGCAUUUAGUGAGAGUUGUGUACAGUCAGCAGUACGGUCAGUGUACAGUCAGCAGCUCUCCAGCCCAGCCCAUGCCUCUUACAUGAUUGGGAUUUUGCACAGGAGGACCAGAAAAAUGACUAUUUGUGUAAAAUUAACACUUUAUCUGAUGCCGAACAGUCACAUUUACUCAACAGUGUCAAGUAUCACAACAUAAACAACCAUCUGCUGUGCGGCCUGUUUACAUCCAUCCAUUUUCUACUGCUUAUCCUGUCGUUGGGUCUCGGGGGGCUGGAGCCUAUCUCAGCAUCUUGGAGCGAAGACAGGGGACACCCUGGACAAGUCGUAUGGAGACGAACAACCAUCCACAUUUACAGACAAUUUGAAAAUGACCAAUUAACCUACCCCCACUUCUGCAUGUUUUUGGGAUGUGGGAGGAAACCAGAGGACCCAGAGUAAACCAACACAGACACAGGGAGAACAUGCAAACUCCACACAGAAACACCCUGACUAGGAUUCGAACCUAGGACCUUCUUGCUGUUAGGCGACAGUGCUAACCACUACCCCGCUGUGCCGCCCGCAGUCUGAAAACCUGCUGAUAUGAGGACAGCCUGCCUUCAUUAACCUGGUGUGGACAGUUUGUACGAGUGGACCAUGUAUUAAAUAUGUAUCUACAUGAUCUAUGUAUGGUUUGGAUAAUAGGAAGGUCUAUAACAUGAGGAGCUAAUGAGGAGGGGACAGAGAUCCAUAGUACCUCCUGUAUAAGGUCAGAGUACGGGUGAAGAGAGAAGCAGCUGGGGCUUUGAAUUAAUGUUUACACAGUGAAGGAGAUUCAGCUGCGUGAUGAACAUUAACAGUGUGUAACUGGCUUUUUCCUCCACCUCUUCUCUUUUCCAGCAUGUAAGCCAGGCUUCUUCAAAGCCUAUGCGGGGAACACUAAAUGCACAAAGUGUCCUCCACACAGCUCCAGCCAUGACCAGGCCGCCACCAUCUGUCACUGCGACAAAGGCUUCUACAGGGCCAUCAAAGACGCCUCCACCAUGGCUUGCACAAGUGAGUUGAGUAGUUUUCAAAACCAAACUUUUUUUUUCCUGCCAGCUGGGACAUUUUGUUUGCUUGCCUUUAAUUUACUUUAGCCUGUGUGUUAUCAUCUCCCCUUCCAUCUGCUCUCAUUUGAGUGUUAGCAAUGUGGUGAAAGUUAUCUUAAAUAUACUCCUCUGUAACUCUGUAGUUACAAAAAUACCUGACAGUUUUAGCCGUGAGACAGUGAAGAUGCACGGCGUAUUAAAACACUUAAGGCGCUGCAGCAGCUUUACACCCACACACUUAAAGGCAGAUAUUCAUAGAAACACUCUCAGCAUCAGCUACGAUCACACACGGCUAAAUCAGGUAUUGUACGGCUGUGAAUAGGAGAAAAAGGAUCUGCACCUUUUCCUUUUAAGAAAUUGAUAUUCUGGCUGUGGGGAUGUAAUACUGAAGAAGUUGAAAGUCAAACACCCACAUACCUACCAGCACGCGCACACGCACGCACACACACACACAACAAAUUCAGCUCGCCUCACUCGCUGUUUUAAGUCCUUUUAUUGUCAGACUUUUCUGUGCCCUCUCCUCAGCUUCAUCUUCAGGGUCAAGUGAGUGGUAUAUUUGCUGUAACACUUCCCUCUAAUACUAAUUCAGUAACCUGCACAGAAGUCUGUCUAGUGUCAGAAGUUUUAAUGCUAAUUUCAUGAUCAUUUGUGAGCUCUAGAUACUGAGAGAGAAUGGAUUUCCCCGGAGUUUAAAAGCUUUUGAAUCAGGACCAGGAAUCAAAGACCGUGUUUCUUCCUUUCUAUCACACCCCCUUUUACAUGUUCUGCUUUAUUUGAAUGUGUAGAACUUGAAGCUUUUGUUUUUAAAGGGCAAAACGACAAAGAGAUCCGAGAUUUAUCACAAAGACAUCUCUCUAAAUACCUCGUCUCUCUCCUCAGGACCUCCUUCAGCUCCCCGGCACCUGGUUUCACUGAUCAAUGACACGGCUCUCUUCCUGCAGUGGAUGCCUCCCAGCGAUACAGGAGGCAGAAAGGACAUCACCUACAACAUCUUGUGCCAGCGCUGUGAUGGAAGUGACGCUGACACAGGUGUGACACAAUGUGAGCCAUGUGAGCCGGACUUAAGGUUCAUCCCCCGGCCGCUGGGUCUGACAGGCACCUCGGUGGCGAUACUGGAUUUUGCGAUGCACGCCAACUACACCUUCUUUGUGGAGGCUGUGAAUGGUGUCUCUGGGCUUGGCGUGGCCACGCGCUCACUGGCAAAUGUUACUGUCAACACACACCAAGCAGGUGAGUCAGAGGGGUCUUGUUUUCCUUUGGUGCAGUUUUUCCAGUUGUGGUCGAUUAACUGUUUUCAAACCCAAUUCUGUUCAAUCCACCAAACUUUGGGCUGAUUUUUAUAAACUUUAUUCAUUGAUCAGUCUGUCAGUAAGUAAUGUUAGUAAACAAUUAAGAUAAUUCAUUAUUCUUUUAAGUCAUAAAUUAACCAAAAUUAGGAGCUGGUUGUGGGUUCACUUGUAAGUAGGGCUGGACAAUAAAAUGAUAACAAUAUAUAUUUAAAAUUGAUUUCCCUUAAUUUGAAUAUAAAACAUAGUCAAUAUGCUUUUUAAUGGUCUGCAUUCUGCCAUGUUUUGGUAAACUAUACGAAUAUCCAAUGAAAAGGGGAGUUGCUCCGGGUCCACUUCACACUGAACCAAUCGUGUUCAAUUAGAACCAAGUGGCAAACAACUGCGUAGUAGCAGGCUGCAGCUACACGCAACCAUAGCACUUUAACACGUGAAGCCGACAGCACUGUCGGUGAGAAAAAACGAAAUUCAGAUGAAGGUUCAACAGAUGACGACAUCGUCAACAACACUGGCACGAAAACAGCGGUGGUGUGGGGGUACUUUGUUUUUUUGAGGUUGGACAUGAAGCAGAGUAAUUUGCACUGCAAAUUAUGUCGAGUACAUGUUCUCGCAAAGUCUGGGAAUACCUCAAAUCUUUUUCACCACCUGAAGCAGUGCCACGCGCCAGAGCACGCGCAAUGCAAAAGUUGACAAACCCCGAGCAGAACAAGGAGCCCAUAGCGCCUGUGCAGCUGAUACAGCUGACCAUUUAGUCCGCUGUCUAUAGUGCAACGCCUUACGACAAAACAUCAGAGAGACACAAAGACCUCACAGAUGCAGGAGCUUAUUGUAUUGCAAGAGACUCACUACCAAAAAGCACUGUUAAAUUUCAUUUUUUAUAUUGUGUUAUAUAUAUCGAUAUUGACUGAUAUGAAAAAAAUAUCUUGUGAUAAACUUUUUCUUCUAUCACCCAGCCCUACUUGUAAGGACUGUCUCUUUUCCUCAGACAGAAAAAAAAAACUGUACUGAGAGGUUUUUUAAUUUGGCUUUUAGUCCAAUAUUCACCACUGCUUUUAGAUUAACUAUUGACUUUCAGUGACACCCUAAAGAUGAAUGCUGCAAUGUAAACAGCUGCAAGUUUUAGCAGAAAAUUUGACCAUUACGAUAAAUAUUUUUCAUACCUAUAACAGAGCAAAAAAUACUUCAUGGUAAGCUACAAAGAAUUGCAAUGCAUUCAUCAUUUUAAUUCUGCUUGCUUGGCCAAAAUGGCCAUCUGGACUGAAGAGAGUCUUCCCAGAGGACCAUUAAGCCUGAGAGAUGGCAGGGAUCCAAGUUAAACAAUAGAAAAAUAGUUUACAACUUGCAAACCAGCAGGUUGCAGAAACUACAGGGAGCUUUACUUGUUCUUGUGUCAAUGUUGCUUCAACCCAAAAAUACUUCAUGGGAAAACUGACUUACAUGCAUCAGCACUAAUAAUAUUUCAAUCAAUCAAUAAAUCAAUCAGUCUUUAUUCAUAUAGCACUUUUCAUACAAAACCAGUGUAGCACAAAGUGUGUUACAGAGGAAUUAAAAGAUACAAAGAAUACCCUGAUUUACCCCAGCCCAAACCCUCAUUCCGACCCUGUGAUCUAAGAACAGAUACAUGAACUUGAAAAGGGCUCGAUUUCAUAGAGACUGGAAAAUGUGCGCACUGAGGAAAACGCCGUUUUAAAAUUCAAGAUAAGGAAACACUGGAGGUUAGGUUAAAAUCUCAAAACAAAGUAACAUAAAAUCAAAUUUAAGAAAUAAUAACUAAAAUGAAAUAAAAACAGCAGUAAAAGAUAUUAAAAUAAGAGCACCAAAAUAGCUCAACAAAAGAUGACCCUGUCAUUAAAAUUUGAAGAGAUAAAUGCUAAAACACUUAAAGUUAAUGAUAUAAAAAUUAGUUAAAAGCAAGAGUAAAAAGGUAUGUUUUGAGUUUUCUUUUAAAAUCAUUAAGGUUAGUUGCAGUCCUCAGGUCUUCAGGUCAGCUGUUCCAUAGACAGUAGCUGUGGUAAUAAAUAAGAGGCUUCACUGUACGUCUUGGUUUUGGAGAGCUUUAAAAACCGAUAAAGCAACUUUUAAAUCUAUUCUAAACAAUAUGUUAAAUGGCAUUCAUUUCGCCUUGACCUUUACUGUCAAUGUACCAAUAGAGGAUUGGUUGAAGUCUUAAUAGACUGAAUGGGAGCCACUGUUUUAUUUCGUUUUUACCAAAUAAAUGUCUUUGAGUCUUAGUAAUAAGGCGCUGUUCUCCAUUUGAUGUUCACGUCCACAGCUUUGCAGCAUUUUGCACGUCGAACACGGCUACAGUGAAUUGCAAGUUUCUGAAAUAGGACAUCUGCAGUCCAUUUGCUGAGCAUGUUGUUGGGGUUAACAUCAGACUGGCUGUAUUUACCACUAAACUAUUUAUAAAGAUUAAAUAUACAUGCUGAUGCUUGAAAUGCAUAUACCCUAGUUACAUAAUACCUGAGUCAUAGCUGAAGGAGCCUGUGUUUGGAAGCAGAUAAAGAUAUUCAUGCUGCUGUAACAGAGAGAUUUAUUUAUUCAGCAGCGAGAUUUACCUUUCUCCCUCCUGAGCUGCCUGUGUCUUCUUCCACUGAGACUGUCUCUGCCUUCAUCUUAAUGUGUCGAUAGGUGAGUCACAUUUCUGACCCCUGGAUAGCUGACAGAGCUGCUUUGACCUCGACUCAGCCCUAAUUAGCAGCACCUGUCUGACCUGGGGUCAGCCACAGCCAGCAGCCAUCAAUGCAGCAUUGUCUUGGACUUGAAUUAGGGAAAAGUGAGAGACCUGAGCUCAACCGCUAAAGCGUGAGCCUUCUAUUUUAAAGGUGAGAUUAUUGAUGGAAUAAUUGAUGGAGAAGGUUGGGAAAGGAAUAGGAAGAGAGUGGAUUAAUAAAUCAUAAUAGGAUGUGCAGAUUUUCUACCGUUUUAGUAUGAGCAACGUGUUUGUAUCUGAAUGAAAUCCUGAAACAACGCAGAUGUUUGUGUACCGUAACAGCCCGCAGUACUUGUACAAGCAAAAUGGGAGCAUGGGAAGUGCAAACAGUUGACAUUGCUCAGGUUUUCCUAGCCUGUUUAUCUGAUUAUUUGUAUAAGGAAUGACAGGAACAAAGAGUCUUAAAGACGACUGUUAUGUGAAGUCUCAUCACAAAGUUUUGUUCUUGACCAGAAUAAUGUGUGUAACAUCUUGUCAGGACACUGUGAGAGGAAAACUCACAAGGUAUGGAUUGAAGCAGCUGAUAGAACCAAGAGCUGGACCAUCUAUUCCACUGAAGGUCCAAUUCAUAAAGCAUGCUCUGCUGAUCCAAGCCCAGAAAUUCAAGUUUUGCAGCUUCUCUUGUUUUGUGUUUGAUUGUGAAGAUGAGCAGCCAGUUUCUCCACCCUCUGCACUGCAGAUCUGUGUGCUGCCAUACUGGCAAAGCUUAAAUCUGUCCUGAUGAAGAGCUGAAUGGGAGAGGACAUUUUUACUGGGUUAUCUUGAUUUCAGUCGCUACAAAAAAUAGAUACAGAUUGUAAAAUAGAUUGUAAAGAUACAGACCAUUUAUGAAAUGAAAGUGGCUCCAGGAGUGAGCCAGCAAUAACAGCUUGUCCUGAUACAAAACAUCCAUCCUGUGUGUUAGGACUCAGACUUUCACUAAACAAUGAUAAUGUUUUGGAGUGCUUUAGAUAACCUCAGACUGAUUUAACCUCUGAUUGUAAUAAUAGUGCUGUCAAAGUAGUACGUAUAGACUUCACUUACAAACUUUUUGCAUUUGCACAGGAUUAGCUGCUACAAAAUCACACACAAAAAGUCAAGUCAAAGUCAACUUUAUUGUCAAAUAUGCUAUACAUGUUAAACAUACAACACAGAUGAAAUUACAGUCCUCUCAGACCCACGGUACAUAGCAAUAAACUAUAAGAAUAAAGUAUAAAUAUAGAAUAAACAACUAAGCUAAACAAAAGACUACCUUAAAUACGCACAUCAAUUUACAAAAUAAAGAUAAUAUAAAUAGCAUAACAGUAUAAACAGUGUAACAGUAAAAAUAUAAGGAGGAAGGUGAGUGGAAGAAAGUGAAUGUGAACAGUAUGGCAGUCUUGAAGUGGACAUUAUAGUGCAAAUAUAGCAAUAUGGACGCAAUAGUGCAAAUAAAUGUAGUACAGUAGUAAUAGUGGUGCAGUGAUGAAGGAUAAAGUGAAAGUGUGUAUUCAAUUAAUCAAUUAAUGAAUAUAUAUAUAUAUAUAUAUAUAUAUAUAGAUAUAGAUAGAUAGAUAAUUUAGAAUUGGUUUUCAGUUAUUAAGAUAAGGACAAAUUAGCAUAGAGACGAUUAGCAUAGUGUUAAAUAAGUAAUCAAAGUGUAUUCAAUCAAUCAAUGUAUACACACCGCACACACACACACACACACACGUGUGUGUAUGUAUAUAUAUAUAUAUAUAUAUAUAUAUAUAUAUAUAUAUAUAUAUAUAUAAACACACAUAUAUAUAUAUAUAUAUACAUAUAUAUGUAUAUAUAUAUACAUAUAUACAUAUAUACAUAUAUGUAUAUAUAUACACAUAUAUAUGUAUAUAUACAGUAUGUACACACAUAUAUACAUAUAUAUACAUAUAUAUGUAUAUACAUAUAUAUAUGUAUAUAUAUAUAUACACAUGUGUGUAUACAUACAUACAUACAUACAUACAUACAUAUAUAUAUAUAAUAAUAAUAAUAAUAAUAAUGCAUCAGAUUUCAUAUAGCGCUUUAUCAGAGACCCUCAAAGCACUUUACAUUGGAUACAUCAUUCAUUCGCUCACACAGUCACACUUCGGUGGUGAUAAACUACCUUAGUAGUCACAGCUGCCCUACAUAUAUGUAUGUAUGUAUGUAUGCAUACACACACACACAAGACAAAGAUGGAAUCCAGCAGCCUACUGCAUCAAAAGCUUUAAAAACAUGAAGUAUUAUAAUGUAGCCGACAGUUAAAUGGUCAGCAAAGAACUGAGAUUCACUGGUUGGAAUAAAUAUACCAUUUUAGAUUUGUUGUUGAGUAUUCAGACUGUGCAGUGCUUGAAGUGUGUUUACAAAAGGCUGUCUUUGAAAUGCACAUAAAUGUUAGCAUUUACAUUAUUUCUGCCAUUAACUGUCAGUAGCGUGUUGUGAUAAUGCAUUUCAUCGACUUUCCAUGUAAAACAAAAUGCAUGACAAGUAAGAAAGGAGAAAUAUUCCAUAUUAUUAAUGCACUACCUGUCGUAAUGGUCUUCAUUCAUGCGUGAAUUCCUUUAGAGUCCUAUCACAAAGCUAAUGCCGCUCAGGUAAACACAGAAAAAUACAGUAUAAAGGUAUUAUUUUUAAGCGGUGAAAUGUUUUGCUGAUAGGUUGUCAUCGUACUAUGGGAACCAGACAUCAGGUGUGUAUGUGUGUCACUUCAUACCCAUCUUUCUGGCAGAGGCAGCUUGGCUGAUGGGGGAAGUUGGAAUGCAAAACAAUCUCUGCAGUGGAGGAGAGGCAGCCUGUGGGGAUGUUCCCAUUAGGAUGUUUAGAGUGGAUUAACUUGUCAAACUGCCUUCCAUCAGGAGACAGACUGUAUGCACACACAGCUAGGCCAGGAUGUAAACAAACUGAAACCAACCUUGCACACGUGACUCUAGCACACACAUUUUGCUUUACCUAUGUACCACCUGCAGACUUGCAUAUGGUCUGCUUGUCAUUCAACAUCUCUUUCCUGGCAUGUCUCGUAUUUCUUUCUCCCCCAGGCACACAAAUACUACAGACACUCAGAUACAAUGACAUAUUUUUCUGCUCCCAGUAAAGUAGAGGAAACCCUUAACGAUUUUUUAGCAUUAGGGAUACUGUCAAGUGAGGGGAUGGUUAUGCAACUUGGAGUGCUAACAGAGCGAGCAGGACCCAAUGUGCCUGUCUCAUUCUGAAGGGAGGUAAAUGUUGGUACUUUUGACAAUGCAGCUGUUAUCACAUCUCUUUAAAACUGUUUUUAUGGCUUAAGUUACCAGCAAUAGACAACUUAGAGUUGCACUCACCCUCUCUGCAGGACAAAAACUCACCAUACUUUCCUCCUCUCUGAGAGAAUUUGAGCACAUGAGUCCCCCUGAGACAGAAACCAAUGUUUUUUUCUACACUGUCCACAACAUACUUGACACUUUUAGCGGAUAAAUUUAGUUAGAUAUGUAUUUUAACAAAAUGUUUAAUUAAGCUUCAAAUUAAAAUCUUCGAAUGUGUCACCUGUAAAAUAUUCUGCUGAUAAAAAGACAUGCUUGUUGUCAGUUCAUGCUUCUGUUUUGUUUGUGGUGGACUAUUGUAAUGACAGACAGCACAGUAAUUCACUUAGUGAUAGAUUAAUAGCCAAUCAAAAGCAGAAUUAGACAUCUCUCUGGCUUUGGCAGUGGGAAUAAGAUGGGUGAUUUGUUUUCUGUUGGUGUGCUAUCGGUUUGUAAAUUACACAUUAAUGCUUCAUUAUCCUUUUGAUUAUGCUAAACCAAUUAGUCAGAAUUUGUAAUAAUUUCUCUUCCCCAUCGCCUCCACGCUUGUCUAGCCGUGAUAAGUUAUAAUGCUCAGCUAAGCAAGAUGCAUUUUUACUUUGUCUCUGAACAGAAGUGGAGCAUUGAUAUCUUUCGACGGUGGGUUUAUGCUGGAGUUAUCAGUCAGUUUUGCAGCCUUAAGAGCUGUUUAGUCACGGAUUCCCAGAAAACCUAUUUGUUCAUCUCCUAUGCCUGUUUGUGUGUACUCUCCUCCACACUUCAUUUUACUUUGUACUGCAGGAUGCUGGUUUUCUGCCUGUUGAAGCUGAUGAAGGUCAGCUGUUGUCUGCAUGCUUCUUAAGGCAGCAAUACAGAGCAGAGUGAGCAGAAUGAUUUCUGUGUUUAUGAACACUGUAGAUUUUGCUCAGAGGAGCAUUUUCUCACUGACAGUUCCUCCCACAAAGUUCAUGCUGCAUUCAGCAAAGAGGCUCAGAGAAAUCAGUCCAAUUUUGUCUCAGGUGUUAGCUGCACAGAGGAUAAAAAUUGCUCCCACGUGAGGAUAAAACCACAAAGACAGGCUCACUCUGUGUUCAAAGUCAACCUUAUUCAAAAUGAAAAGAGAAAAUUUGUGUCCAAGCAGAGUCUGAAAAUGUUGCCAGCUCAGCCAUAAAAAUAGUCCUCUCUGGACUCAAUAUUGCACCUGUGAAGUCCAUGUUCCUGCUUUAUGGCUGUACAGAAAAGCUCCAUAUUUACAGAGUUUGAAAGAAUCAUUAAUUCAAAUGCAUAUCUAAUCAAAUCUAAUCAUUUGCAAAAUGUGAGAUUUAAUGACGCAACAAACCCUUUCUGAGAUAAUGGAAAUUGAGGAGCUGCAGAUUCAAAUCCCUGCAGACUUGUGCUAAAUGUCUUUCACUUGUGAUCACUCCAGCCUAUGCUGUUCUUCUACUCUGCAUUACAGAUAUACUAUGUUAAGUAAUUUUUUAAUUGUUAUUUUGCUUUUGUUAGAUAUGGCUGCUAAAGAGAGACAGAAAAUGUGGGGAGGAGAGAUUGAGGGAAGACAAAUGCUGAUCUUUUGAUGAUUUUUUUUAAUGUACUGUAUAUAAAAUUGCCACCUGCAAUCUACAAUUCAGACAUCCUCCCAUAACUUUUAGUUUUAUGCACCUUUUAUCUGAUAAGCAACAUUUUAAAAUAAGCGUUGUGUUAUUUGGCAACAUAAUGAAGGGGUCAUUUGUCAGGCAGAGAGAUGAGAAAAGAGAGGAAGGCUGUUGGAGUGUGUGUGUGUGCGUGCGUGCGUGCGUGCGUGCGUGAGUAAGUGAACUCAAACAGAGUUUGGUAAAUCAAAGCUGUAAAUAUUUUCUAAAUUAAGUUUUUAUUAUUAUUAUUAUUAAUAAAGCACAUUUAGUAUAUAAACUAAUAAAACUUUCAAUAGAAUUAAUAUACCACACAAGGUAAUGUAGAAAUAGUAAUGCAUUUCAAUAUUUACAUCAGCCUACCUCUGUUAAAGUCAGCAAUAAGUAUUGCAUACUGUAAAUGAACACGUAACAAAAAAGUAAAUAAAAAUAAAAAACAAAAUAAUUUGAAAAAAUUUGAAAAAUAAAAAAAUAUAUAUAUUUUUAAAAAUCAAAAAAAAUUCUGUUUAAUAUAGUUUUGUUUUUUUUGGUGUUGGUGUUUAAUUUGCAUUUUAUGUGAGUGUAAUGUAAAAUAGGCGUUGUUUCCUUUUUCGUUAUGUAAAAUGUGUGUCGUAUCUUGUUUAAUUUGAAUUAAUCAAUUAAUAAAAAAAUUUUUUAAAUUGAUCAUCAAAAAAAUUAACACUUGUCAUACAUUAGAAAUCAGUCUGAAGUGUAACUGUUGUCCCGGUCUGAUCAGUUCAGCUAAAAAGGCUUUUAAAAUAUUAGAUAAUCAUUUGCAUGAACUUUUUUUGGCUUUUAUCUUGUUCAUUUUCAAAUAUUGAAUAAAAAAUCAAGUCUAACUCACACUAUUUUGGGGCUUCCUGUCUCAAUCAUCGUGAUCAUUCAUGUAACCAAACAACAACAACAACAGGAGUCAUGCAAAGUUCUUGUGUGUUUAAUCCUCGUGCGAACCUUUCCCACUGUUUUGUGGUGUCCUGAUUCAGGAGAUUUUCUCUCUUUUACUUUGCUCUUCCCCCCAAUCCUCCUGUGGAUUCCUCUCUGUUUUCAUCUCUUGCUGUGGGAAUAAGGCUGACUUCUAUUUAUAUGCUCAGAUGCUGGGGAGAUGCAUCCUCGUGGGAUUUCUUUGCAGCCCUCCCUGUUCACUCUUUUCACUCUUUUCCCCCUCUGCCCUUGCUUUCUGUAUCUGUUUGAGUGAGCAUCUGCAGCUGGCUGUUAACCUAUUUCCAACAUGUUGCCAACGACUAGAGCUUAUAGAUUUUCAAUUAACUUCAGAUGUAUGAAUUCUGAUUAGACUAUAAUGACCGUAAUUAUUUCUUUGAGCCAAUCAUGCAUAUCAGUGGGUAUCAAACCAGCAGAUUGAUUUAUCCUGAAACAAGAAUUGAUUCUUGCACAAGGGCUUUUUUACCAAGCUUUCUCACAGUGAAAAAUUUCCACACUCUGUUUUUUGACUCUCUCUCUCUCACACACACACACACAAGCUGAUGGAUACAUAAUAUUAUACUGUAUGCUGCAGACAGAAAUCCCCUCUAGUAAUGUUAUUCUCACAAACAUUUUUAUCCUCUAAGUGGGUUAUACUGCAUAUUUAUCUGCGUGACUACACCACACCAGCAACCAACUGAAAAUAUUACAAUUGCUUAUUUCCACAUAAUAUUCAUAGGCUCUAUUCUUGUUUCAGCUCUGUACAUUUUAACAGGUUGAUCCGAAUCAUUCAGAUUUGCAGCCAUGAACUUGUCAAUUCAUCAAAAGUUGAAAGUGAUUUUGCGCAUGACUUUAAGGAUUACAGUGUUUGAAUAGUACCGCAGCCUUCUGAGUAAAACAUUACGACUUUAGACCUGUUUCACACUCUCUGUUAGUCUGUCGUGGGCUGAUAUGUACUUUGUAGCUACUCAUCUCUAGAUUAGUUGCUGUUAGCCUGAGGUCUGUUUGUGCCUCACUUGCAUAAAUCUCCAUUUUCGCAGUUGAACACGACAGAUGUUUCUCUCUCUGUGGGCAGUUUGUGCUGAAGCUGUAAUAUACUGGAGUUGCAGGACUGAAAACUAAUUGUAAUGAAAAUUUAAUAACUAUUUAAUUUAUAUUUUAAGGAAAGUCCAAGUCUUUCCAAGGUUUUGUUUAUGUCUUUGUUUUAUUAAGUAGGAAGUUUAAUAUGCUGGGUUUUUAGGAUGAGAAAACAGCAGCGCUAGAAGACAUUAAAACUCCCGUUAGGAGUUGUGGCUGGCUGUGAAACAAACUAAAAUCAAUACUGAUGCCUUUGUCAGAGUCACAGAAGGAAAUGAGACCAUAAGCAACAAGACCUUUUGUUUCCAAACUGUAAUUUUGUAUGCACCUAUAACACCUGCCACAAGCUAGGUGUAAGACAAGUUGUGUCUUGGUUGAAGCUGUACCAAAGGGAGGAAUUACAGAGGGUGACAACAAGUUUGAUUGUCUAAAAACAGCUGGAGGAUAUUUUUCUUCAGAAAACACAAGUACAGGACAGGAUGAGUAAAAAGAUAAGAUGAGUCUUUGUCCACAGGGUGCAGCAGAGAUUCAGUCCUUCAUAGAAGCUUUGACUUUGGCGUCAUAAAAAAGGGGUUUUCCUUUCGUGCCAGUUGUAGGUAUAAGCUAUGAUAGGCAAUAAAAUAAUGUUUACUUUGUUCUCUGCAGUGCAACUCUAUUGUAAAGGAUGUGAAAGAAGUGACCACAGCCACCAUGUCAUCUACCAUUUCUCUGUGUACUUACAGUUUGGAGUUUUUAUCGUUUUUUAUCGUUUUUCUCUGUGUUUUCUCACACUUAGACAAAAUAGUAACAGAACUUGAAUUUUAGUCUCAACAAUCAUAAAAUUUGUUCCCUCAGAAAAUCCCCAAUUGUGGCGCCUCUUCCUUGAUUGAGAGGUAAUGAGGGGUCUGUCUGUAGCCAGGCUUUUUACCGUUUAGAUCGUUAACUCAUGUUGGAAGAGUUGUUGAGAUGAUAUAUCAACUGGGAAGCGGAAAGUGAUUCACUUGAUAAUCUGACUGUUAAAGGUGGGGCAGGCAGGAUCUGAGGAAGCGAAUGUAAACUCUACCCCUCCCAUCCAGUUUUCCCCUCAGCUCCUCCUCUCCACUCCGUCUCUGCUCCAACAAGCCCCGCCCACAAACAGACGCUCCUGCUCGCUCGUAUCGUUCCAGUUAAAUUCAGAUAUAAUGCAGAUAAAUACUUCAGAUAAUUACAAAUGGAGCCCAGUCAACGUGAAAGUAAAAAGCAUUGGUGCUACUGUAGAUGCCAACAGACUACCAGCAAACACAAUGUUUGCAGGACUUCUACAACUAGGAUAAAGUGACGUUUAGGCCCGUUAUUCCACCUCAGUCUCUGGUAUUUACUUCAUUUUCUUACUUGUGUCGGCAGUCGUGGCCAAAGGAGGAUUCAGACAAUUUUCCGAACUUUCUGGUUGGUUUUUACUGUCUGAUAUUGUAGCACGCUAACUUUGUUUGGCCUCGUGCAUGUUAUUAGUGUUGUGGAGCGUGCCUCACAACACGAGGGAGCAGCAACUGUCUCACAACCAAUCAGCACGAGGGAGCAGGGUCAGCCUUGCAACCAAUCAGGUUGAGGGAGGCGGAGAACGGGUUUGUUUACAGUCAGAAAGAGCGGGCUGCUCAAAAAUGUUAAAAUGUUGACUACACAGACGUAAGAGAACACAGCGAUAUCAUUAUAUCCCAAAUGUCAUCAAUAACUAACAGCUAUUGACUGAUAUUAAAAGCUGCUUCUUUCGUGGAAUCCUGCCUACCUCGCCUUGAAAAGGAUUCCCCGUUGGCCGUUGUUUUCUGACCUGGUAUCUGUGUCUUCUCAUGUAUGUUUCUGGCCGUGCAUCAGUAAAGGUAAACAUGGUAAAAAGUAAAAAACUCACCUACUUGCCUCAUAACACCUCAGAGAACCUGCUUAAAUAUAGAAGAAGUUUGACCUAUAGUGUAAUCAAUAAGAAGGACAUUUCUCACCAGUAGACACAACUAAAGGGUUUAAUCAUUUACACAUGAACCGGGCGUCUGUGAAGUUAGUGAACAGAGUUUGUCCUUGUGUUGCCUGUGCACCUUUGCACCGCCGUGUUCUGUCAAUACGCUGUGUAUGUUUUUGUUGGUGUCGCUGCUGUUUGCCAUUAAUAACUGCAGCAGGCAGCCAGACUGAGAGGCUUGAGAUAUUCCCACAACAGCUCCAGGCACUCAGCGCAGCUCAGACACCACCUGCCACCAGGAUGGAGGGGGCACGUGUUACCUGGAACAAAAUGGCUGGCAUGACAGAUCUGUAAUCCGUCUCUGCAAACAGUUUGACGGUCCAAUAAUUGAGAUCCUCUCCGCGACUCUGUCUUUGAUGCUGUAUGUUUAGGUGUUUGUACAUCAAGUUGUUUAUACUCUAAUUAUAAUUAUUUGUUCUGAGAUGGUCCUGCACAUGACGUGAACCUUAAAUUUGAUUUCACUAAUAUACAAAUAUAACAGGAUGUAGUUUGCCUGUUACAAACAGUUGAACACACCUGUAAUGUACAUUUUCAUGUCUUCCAAUUUACACUUUUUGAAACUCGUUUCCUCUUCAACACCGUUUUUUUUUCCCUCUGCUCUUCCUUUGUCUUAAAACAAGUUGAAACGGUUGAGCUGCUGGACUGUGAAGCGUCAAGUCUGGACCGAGCUGCAGCUAGAGACUCCUGGCUUCUUGACAAGAUGUGAAAGUGCUGUUCGAAUUCUGAACCCCGACCUGUCUGACUUAAUUUGGCGUCACACCGCCUUUCCAAAGCGUCCCAUCCUUUCGGUGUCCUUCCACGAUUAGCAGGUUAUCUCUUUUUCACAAGAACAAAGCAGCAAUCUGGUCUUGGAUUUGUACCCCAACUAAAAUCCCCCAAACAGCACGCACGAAAACAAGAAAACUGGAUCUAGCAGUUUGCCAAGUCAUAUUCUUGCUCAAGCGAAGGCUCUAUGAAUAAUUGAUGACAAAUAUUUGAAUCUCUGUAAGGUGGUUUUGUGUCUCCUCCGCAGGCAGCAGGCUAGUUUGAAAAAUCCCCACUUUUCAGCAAUAAUCACAGACUUGAUAAACAGUUGCUGGACUUGUGGUCUGGUCAACAGAAACAUCUCUCAUCGUACCAGAGCAGGGCAGUGAAAUGGUUGUUUCUUUGUCCCCGCUCUCCUUUGGGUAUUCCUCUGAUACUAAAACAAUUUCUCAGGAUUUGUUUGACUUGAGGUUGCAGAGUUGGGAUGUUCUGUAGACUGCAAGCACUUUUUCCAGAAUCCGUAUCUGAUUUUAUUUAAGGCUUUGGAGUUCUGAAACUUUUUUUUUUUUUUGCUCACAGUUGAUAUCUUUCUUGCGGUGGCUGAAAACACUUUUUAAAUGUGUUUUUCAGUCAUGCCUGUGAACUCAGUGGAUUCAGUUUAGAGUUCACUCUGGUGGCUCCCAUAAUAAAUGGCUGAAAUAACUCCUUUCUCCAUUCCCCUGGGCCUUUCUGAGAGGGGACUCUGAGUAACUCACCCCUGCUCCAAGGAUGCCAUUUUUCUUACUUAUGUUUUCCCCCAAUCCAUAUACAUUCAUGUCAAGAAGCAUCGCCAUUAGGUUGAGCAUUGUCAUGAGGUUGCUCUUAGUAUAUAGUGAUUUACUGAGUUUCAUCAUAUAUUUGAAUAAAAGUACCCUGAUAUUAAAAAGAUUAGAUUCUUUGCAUUAGUUAAUCAAAAAAAAGGAACUCUUGUUGUUUGUCGCAUGCACCAUUUUCAAACCUCUAACACGCUCACUCCUCACAGGUCGGUAGUCACGGCUGACUCAAUCCCUGCACUUCAUCUGUGUCCUCAGGUCCUGCUCUGGUGGGUGUAGUCAGGAAAGACUGGGCCUCUCAAAACAGCAUCGCCCUCUCCUGGUCAGAAGUGGAGCUGCUGCCUUCAGAGAUAGUGGAUUAUGAAGUCAAGUACUUUGAGAAGGUAAUGCCGUUAUCAGACGAGAUAAAGGAGUUUGACAUUUUUCUUGGACCAUGUCUACUUACUGUCAAUGUUAAAUGCACAGCUGUAAAAGUGGGUUUGUGUGUUUAUCUGUUCUUCCAGAAGUCGCCUUUAGUAAAUGGUUCCUGGCAUUUUGUUUUUAUUUUUUUCAGGAGCAAGAACAGCUGAGCUACUCAUCAACUCGGACAAAAACCCCCAGCGUGGUGGUGACAGGCCUCAGACCCUCCACCGUUUAUGUCUUCCAUGUGCGAGCUCGGACUGCUGCUGGUUACACAGCGUACAGCCCCAACUUUGAGUUUUCUACUGCUGCUGAGGGUACGACUGUGGGGAAUUGUGUGUGUGGGACAGUCAGUCUCCUAGUUAGUAAGAUUUGUGUUUAAAUUCCAGUGAAAACAGAGCGAUCUUUAAACAACACACAAAAGUGAAACAAUGAUUUUAAAAAGCCGUAGAUUCUGAGUCAUCUGUGUCGAUCAGCGACUCUAUAAAAUCCCUGAAGACGCUUUAUGGCCUUUUUUUGUCAUGGAUCAGUGAAACUCAUCAGUGCUUCUUCAGGCAUGAGCCAUUUAUUUAAAUGUUUAUAAGCUGUGUAAGUUCCUGAAGCACACAUAACGCUCUGUUGAUUCUAAUCCUGUAAUACGCAGGAAUACUCAUCCUCCUACAGGACACACACUGUAGGUGAUGAAUAUGCAGAUGCCCACCUUCGCAUUCGCAUACUUCCAUAAACCAUUACAGCCAUAUACUGCAUACUUAAGUCUGGGAUUGUGUUUCUUUAAAUGUAAAAUCUUGUCUCUGACCUUAUUCAACCCAACUUAACUUCCUCCAAACACUCAGGCUCAUGCUUUACUUUUUUACCUGUUUAACUUUUUGCCUUUUCUUUAACCACCAGGCGCAUUAGGUUAUAAUAAUUACACUUUAUUUAACGCCUAUCUCUAUAACGCAUUUUAAAUAUAUGUAUAAUGCGUCAUAAUCCCAUUAUAGCACUGUAUAAAAGUGUCAGUCUCCUAGUUAGUGUAUAAAGUGUUACCAUAAUUAACGAUCCAGACAUAGUUGCAUCACAAUGUACAGCAAUAGACUUUAGAGAAGGUCAGUAACUUCUGAAGAAUUUACAAUGUGAAGUUUUAUCAGGACCUUAAUGUUAUCAGUCAGACUCAGUGUUUACUCUCAUAUUCUUACAGCCUAGUUUUGUUUGAACAACAUAUCAGAGAUAUCUAUGCCUUACCAAAAUAAUUGGAUCAGAGAUAAAUACAAUAUUUAACAUAAAUAAAUGUAAAAACUGAAUGUGCAGCAGCAUCUUCUAGUGUACAGAUGUAGCAAAAAAAAAUUAGAAUAUCCAGGAAAAGAUCUUUUUUUUUUCUCAUACCUUGAUUCAAAUAGUGAAACUUUCAAAUGUUCAAGAUUAAUUACACACAAAGUGAAUAUACUUCAAGACUAAAAUCUACUUUCUCAAUAUGACAUCCAAAAAGAGAUCUGUGAAACAGAAAUGUCAACCUCCUGGAAGUCCAGGUUGCUUUGAUACCGCCCUUCAGCUCAUCUGUAUUGUUGCUCUGGUGUGUCUUAUCUUUGUCUUGUCCGUCCUCUAUGGGUUCAGGUCAGGUAGGUUGGCUGGCCAACCAAUCACAGUAAUACCAUGGUCAGCAAAACAGUUUCUGGUAGUAGUGGUGCGGUGGGCAGGUGCCAGGUCCAACUGGAAAAGGAAACCUGUAACUGCAUAAAGCUUCUCAGCAGAUGGAAGCAUGAAGCGCUCUAAAAUCUGACUGUGGAAAUCUCUCUCUGGACCCAAAGCACUUUGGGUUCUGUGCCUUUCUGAUUUUCCUACAAAAACAGCACUUUAGACAGCUGAGCAAUAGUCCAGUUCUUAUUCUUCUUCACUCAGGUUAGAUGCUUUUGACAUUGUCUUUGGUUCUGGAGUGGUGUGAUGGCAGGAAAACAACUCUUGUGGUCCAUUUCCUGGCCAUUGAUAAUCUGACUCUCGUCUCAGUCCACUCCUUGUGAAGCCCCCCUAAGUUCUUGAAUCUGCUUUGUUUGACAGUCCUCUCAAAGCGUCGGUCAUCCCUAUUGCCUGUGCACUUUUUUCUACCACACUUCUCCCUUAAAUCAAUUUUCAAUCAGUAUGCUUCUAUACAGCACUCUGUGAACGGCGAGCCUUUUCAGCAAUGACCAUGUGUGGCUUACCCUCGAUGUGGAGGAUGUCAAUGAUUGUCUUCUGGACAACUGUCAGUCAGCAGUCUUACUCAUGAUUGUGGUUAUGUGUACGAACCAGGAAGAGGAUAUAAAGGCUCAGUGAACCUUUGUGGGUGGUCAGAGUUGAUCAGCUGAUAAGAGCUCUGUUCAGGAGUGAAAUACAUGAGAAGAAACUUGACUUUUCCAUAAUAUUCUAAUGAUAUGAGAUGGUAAAUCUUUAAGUUUGGUAGCUUUAAUCUUUAAGAUUCAAAGAUGAUGAAUCGAGGAUAUAUGGAAGUUUGAGUUUUUCAAUUAAAUUAUGAGAAAAUUGACUUUAUGGGACAUUCAAAUUUACAUCUUUAUGCGUAUUUUUGUUGUUGUUUGUUUUGUACUAUCUGAUUUAUUCCCAGAACUCAGUGCAGAAGCAUCUAAAUAUAAUGGAUAUCUUGAUUAAUGCUUCGUUACGUUUCUGUGGAAAGAUGAUUGCAAAAAAUAAUCACCUUUCCAAAGUAAAAACACACGAAAGGUGUUUGUUUUGUGCCUGUUUCCUCUCUGUUUUAUACUUAUUUUUGUUCUCCAUUUCCUCAGAUCCUGAUAUCGCUGAUCAGGGUCAAGUUCUGGUGGUGGUCACAGCAUCCGUGGGUGGCUUCUCUUUGCUGGUCAUCCUCACUCUCUUCCUCCUCAUCACAGGGCGGUGAGAUGUCUUCUGUUUUAAGCAUUCACACACAUACUGCAUCCAAAAAAAAAAACACACACACACAUACCCCUCUUUGCUGCUCCUCUCAUAAUCUCCAGAGUCACGCUACAACCAGAAGUCUGUUAAUGGACUCUCUUUUGCCACCAAGCAGACACUCUUAUUUUCCAAAUGGCUGAACCAAUUUUCUGCCUAAUUACUCAGCAUGUAAUGCAUGUACCAGCAGUUUGCUCCAUUCCAUUAACUUCCACAGGUUGGCUCAGACUGUUGUCUUCAGCCUGCUUCUAGUUCACAGGGUUUUACACUCAGUGCCACUUAUUAAUAAACUAUGAAAAAUGGCCCAAUUGCUGGAUACUUUAUUUGGAUUUUUGUAAAAUAGCGAUACUAUAUGAAGUAAUUGCCAUUUAUCACAUAAUUUGCCAGCAAUUCAAAUUAACUGAACCCAGAUAUGGUCACAAUGUGAAUAAAAUCUUAGAUUCAGGCUCCCCUGAGACACAAAAUGGUCAUCAAGUGCCUCACAAGAAACCUUUUUUUGUUUUCUAAUCAUAAAUCUCUCUGACCAUUUCAGUGUAGUUUCCUUGUAUUCUCAUUCUUGAUAACUUGUCCAUGGUUUUAUAUUGUAGUGAUCUUUAGCAGAGGUUCUGAAAGGGAUAUUCCGGCCUAAAAUUAAGUUAGGGUCAAACACCCCGUAACACCAAGUUAGACACUCCCUCGAGAGAUGAAUGUUGCCGACCGCUUGGUUCUCUAGUUACUCAACUCAACUCAGCUUUAUUUGUAAAGCACUUUAAAAUAACCAAAGCUGAACAAAGUGCUGUACAUAAAUAGACAAAACAACGCAGAUGUAAAAAAACAAUCAAAAAACAAUUAAAACAACGGAUAAGAUAAAAGCAGAAUUAAAAAGUAAAAUAUAGUUUCAAUGUUUUUAAAACGACCGCACGAUAGCAAUACACGGCGGUCUAUGGAUCCGCAUGCAAACCUCAACCAAAAAGCCACUCUAUAGCCACAAAUAAUGCUCAGAACAGCACCUAACUUCAUCAACAGGACAUAUAGGGUCCCAGCCUAAUGUCUUUAGCAAAGAGACUCAACACAACUCACUCACUCUCUUCCAGUAGCCGCUUGUUUAUACGGAGACCUCAGAUGAGUCCAUUACAGAGUGCAGCGGGGUGACGCAACUCAAGGAAGAACAUUUAUGAUCAUUUCUUAAUUCAUUCCUUUAAGUAAUAAUCAGCAUAUUAAUCAUUUUGCACUGCAGACGCGGUAGUUCUUCUGCCUUAGCGCCUCGGUCUGAUUGCAUUUCCAUGAAGAAAUGAUCAUAAUUGUUCCUCCUUGAGCUGUGUCACCCCGCUGCACUCUGUAAUGGACUCAUCUGAGGUCUCCGUACAAACAAGCGGCUGCUGGAAGAGAGUAGGUAAGUUGUGUUUAGUCUCUUUGCUAAAGAAAUUAGGCAAAGUUAAAAAGAUGUUUGGUGUCUAGUACUAUGGCUGGGACCCUAUAUGUCCUGUUGAUGAAGUUAGGUGCUGUUCUGAGCAUUGUUUGUGGCUAUAGAGUGGCGUUUUGGUUGAGCGCGUGGCUCUCUGUAUUGCUAUCAUGCGGUCAUUACUAAAGUUGGUAUAACUAGAGAAGCAAGCGGUCGGCAACAUUCAUCUCUUGAGGGGGUGUCUAACUCGGUGUUACGGUGUGUUUGACCAUAGCUUAAUUUUACGCCGGAAUAUACCUUUAAGGUGCAUUUCCUCCACUUAUCUGCGCUAGUGUGAAAAAUGCAUGACCCUCAAAUACAUGUGCAACAAAGGUUUUUGGGCACGACACAUAUCCACAACCCACUCUGUGACCUACUUUUGGGUCUCAACCCUCCAUUUGAGAACCAAGAGUCUUUACAUUGAACUUAAUAAAAUGCAGCGCAAACUGGACGUAGCCAUCAGGAUGUCACUUCCUGGUUUUGUGGAUUACCUGGUGGUUAUCUGAAGCUUCCAUGAGCAAAUUUUAAUACAUUGUUGGCGCUGGAGAGCAGGGGGUCAGCGUCUUAGAUAUUCUAGUCAGUGCAAUAAUCCCCGACUUUCACUGACAGAAGAAACUUGAACACAUACUGCUUAGAAAAACUGUUGACAUCUUAUCCCUACUUAUUUUCAUGGAUUAAGUUUGAAUAACACCCAAAAAUAUUUUUAUUCAUCUGAAUAAUAAUCAUUUUAGUUACAUAUCUGUUCACAGCCAGCCAUAGUAGUAAUAUCUUUCUGUGGUAAACAUUAAGAGCCGUAAGUUGCUGCCUUCCUAGUAGGAGAAGGUGACAAUUACGACCUCAGAACUGGCUUAUUCUCUUAUUUGUAUAUAAAUCAACACUUUUACAGCCCAAAGUGGCAAAGUAGCACAUUUUAAUGUAGUAAUGACAUUUUCAGAGGGCAGCCCUUUUCUGUACGGUUUUCUGAUGCAAAUGUUCUUUUUUUUUUUGUUAAUACACGUCUUUGAUUGCUACUUUUGUCCCUCCUCUCCCUCUUUGGAGACUGAGCCUUGAAAGCCUUAAAUUUGAGGAGCUCUGAAAAGGAUAAGUGUGGGGAAAUGGAAGAAAAUAAAAAGAGCUACAUAAAGGCAAGAACAAAAAUUGCUCUGAAGAAUUGGUUAUAGAAAAAGGGAAAUGACUGUCUUCUUUCCACUAGAGGACUCUUUACAGAGCGAGGGAUUGAUGAGGAGACAUUACAGACUGAAGCUUCUCUAAAACAGGUUUAGGUGGUUUUUGCCGUCAGAAUAAAUGUGCGCUCUUCCACCUUUUGUCAUGGGGGCAGUAAAUCUAUUUGAUGUCACAGUUGUUUCCUGCUGAUAAUAUCGACUAAUUUAACUUUUUUUAACGAGAAAAGAAAAACUGGGGACACUGGGGUGUUGAAAGUGUUUGUGAAGGUGAUUCUGAUUCUUUGGAAAACACCUGUGCAGGUGUCAAGGCUACAUAAAAGCCAGGAUGAAGUCAGAGGAGAAGAGGAGGACUCGCUUUCACACUGGGCAUGGUACAGUAAAAUAUGCUUCUUUUUUCAUUGUGUGUACGUUUUUUUUGUUCUUCUGAUUGUUUGCACCGUUUUUCAAACUUGUAUCCAUGCACUGUCUAAAUCCCAGAGCUCUGGUUUGGAUGCAAGUUCUACAAACAGUGGUCCCAGUUUGCUUGUUAGCUGCAGAGAUGCAAGGAUAGAGAGCUUUUAUUGAGCAGGAUUUAUGUCAGUCCUUCCCUGUGAAAACUGGGAGCUUUAGGCCCAAAGUAGGCAUUAAAGCUGGCAUUCAAACCCACAGUUUUGUCAGCUGUAUCUAAAUGGUAGGUGGAACUGAUUGGAGGUUUGUGGCUUAUUAAGGUUGAGGAUGUGACAGCAGCAGGUUAAGAUUAGUGUUUAGGAAAAAAAGGCAGAUGUGUAGAUAAAUCCUCUUAAAUCACGGUUUUAUCCUUUUUUUAACAUGUUUUUCCUUUAUCUGCUAAAUCCCUGAAGAGAAAAGAAACAAUAAGUUAACAGGUGUGUCUUUACAUGUCUACUUUUGAAAUACCAGAGAGGAGUCAUGGUGUAGCCCUGUGUCUUUAUUUGACCCUCCUCCUGUGUUAGGGUCUGCACCGACCCGUUUUUGAUUUUAAAUGCUCAAAAGAAACAUAUAAAUUAGCUUUUUCACAUCAAGACUUUUUGACUUUGUCAGGAACCUCAAUUUCAACAAAAUAAAAAAAAUUAAAUUGACGUAAUUAUAAAAUGUUCUUAUUAAAAUUAUGGCACCUGUCAUGUUAGAUUCGCUGUUGACCUGAUUAGAUCAAUAUCUAAUAAUCAGAGCACAAACUGAAAUCAUAAGUGCACUGUCAGGCACCACACUGACAGUCAGAUCCUUUUCCAAUCAUGUGAGAUUUAAGAAAUUCUAAUUUUUCCAUGUUUUUCCCUGCACAAAAAACAACAUCUGGCAUGUUGAGACAUGAGAGAUUAGUUCAGUGUAGAUGUCUGUGUGAGGGGUAUACUGACAGAGAAAGGCCCAGGGGUUCACAACAAAAAAAUAUUAUAAGCAACAUUUUCAUGGGUAAUGAAGCCUAACAAGGUAACAUAGAGAUGGGAACCAAAUAGGAUGAUAGAGAAUUGUUUUUAGUGUAAUUUACAGCUGAUUUAAGACACGGGUCAAAACUGACCUGUUAACAUAGUGGGUGUGUAGUAAAAGCUCAUCUAACAGCUGACCCCAGUUUGUCUAACAUUAGAAACGCACUGAUCUGUUUGACGAUAUUGGAGUUAAAAGGAUAGCUUGAGUACCAGUUGUUUGAUCGAGGCGUACAACUUGCAUUGGAUAAAGGUCUGCACAGCUCCUGUUAGAAGUUGGCAGCUAGAAUUCUGCUGACACAGAGGCGAAGCUAUGUACCAUUGCAGACAGUGUCAAAGGUACCAUGUAUUCAAGCCGCUUUGUUAAAAAAAAAAAAAACGUCUUACAUUUCAGGUUCAGGUAAAACCAUACUUUAAAAAUAUUUCACUACUUCACCUUUUAGUUAGACAGCUCUUUCUCUUGGUGCAAUGAUGUCUUAUUCUCUUUAAAAACCCUGCAUUUCUCAUUUUUACUCAUGCGGUGCACAGUAUCAGAGCAGGUGUUCAACUCAGCAGUAAGAGAAGAGAGACAACAAAAUAAAAGAGAAUUCAUCAACUAUCCCUUUGAGUCCAAGGUUCAUGUUUCACUGUUAGAUAACCCCACUGUUAACAAUCUAAUGAUGUAGAGCGGUAUGCUUCAAAAUACUUUACAAUGUCAGUCUAACUCAAGCUGCUGCUUAAUAGAGAGGAGUUUGGUGAGGAUUUUAAGAAAGAACCUGUUUAUAUAUUCAUAGAUUUGGGAGCUUGGAUGAAGUAUAUCUACCUGGAGUCUUCUGUGAGCAGCCCUUAUCAGAAAUCAUCCUAUGCCUGUAAAUCAAUGUAUAAGAACUGAUUUACCCUAUUUUCUGCGCUCAAUCUUUCAUUUCUAAGCCAUUCACUCCUUAAAUUGUCUCAUACACCUGUUAUUGGAUUGUGAGAAAUUUUGGUAUCCACUCCUCUAUUUUAAGGAUUACAGGACUGUUCCAAGUAUGGAUCUACAAUUACAGAUAAAAAUAGGAUGACUGUUCCCCAGAUAAAAAAAAGUGUGUCGGUCUUGGGGAACAAAAAAAAAGUGCUCUGUAAUUUCCUGAGAUGGUUCAGGGAGAGCUCAAGUGGGAUUCAAUCAAAACCCCGUGGGGCACAAGUGAGACUUAGCUAACCUCCUAAUCGUCUGUGGGCUUGAUUGUGGGGGUUUGGAAAUAGUCUAGAAGGAACAUAAAGGGCUACAAAUAAGCAUGCAGACACCGUCUCUUUACUGUAUUUUAGUUUUUCCACUCGAGUGGAGAAAAAUGGAUAGAGGUAUGCUGCAGAAAUGUUCAGUCAAACUCUGUAGGUAUUUUCAUUUUGCAUAUCGUCAGAAUUUUGCAGCACACGACAAAGACUGAUAAGAGUCACGCUGAUAAAAAUGUGCAUUGGGAAGCAUUUCCUCAAACAUGAUUCAAUUUAUUUGACUGGUUUUAAUCUGUGCCCGCAGCCUUUUUUUGUUUAUUCUCUGCUGUUGUGUGCUGUAGAGGCAACACCCAGGCAAGGGAUGCCAGCAGGCUCAACAAACAGGUAGAAAAGGCUUGUUCUAUUACAGCGCUGAGCACAGACACCCAGGAGACAGAGGUAGAGUGUAAGACUCCAAACUGGAAUCUUUUUCUCAGACGGAGCCUUCAACCCUCUGCAACAUGAGCUGACACAGCUAUAAAGUACAUUUAGUCCCCAGCUCAUCUGCUCGAGGUGUACCAGGGGGUGCUUCAACUUAUCAUUUGUGCCAGUCAUCAUGCACAGCGCUCACUGCAGAAACGUCCCCAGCCUCAGCCAGCCAGCAAGGAAGCUGAAAACUGGCUGCCUGCAAUGUCUUUUUUGUACGCUGCUCUGGGCCUUUUUCAGAUCCAUUUUUUUUCCCCACAUCCCUCGACAAAAAAAAAAAAAGAGAAACUUUAGAUCAUAAUGGAGGCAAAAACAGCAUUAAUUAUGGCCUCAUGCUGUGAAGGCAAGAAACCAACCCCUCUAGCAUAAUCUCAAAAAGCAAAACAUUAUAUGCUCCAACAUACCAGAGUUUACUGCAGGGCUGUCAUCCAAGGAUAACAUCUUAAUGCAGUUUGAACCAAAGUUUAAAUCCGCAUUUGGAUUUAGAAUUAGAUAAACAACAAACAUCACAAAAUAGACCUUAAAACAUGAUGUUGAAGACCACUUUAUCUUAUUCAUUGUAUUGUUAGAAUUUGCAAACUGACUCUUAAGUUUUAGGGCGACACAUUAAUCAGAUUAUUAGCUAUUGAUCUUAUUCUGUGGCACAGAUUUAACAUUAUUUUGCCAAAUCUUGUGACAUAAAUCCACAUUUAUACUCUGUCUCUAUACAUGUCACAUAUUUUUGGCUUAUCGGAACUGAACCCAUUAUGGAAUUUAGACCCGAAUCCUCUUUAAAAUACUUAGUAAUGCAUGUGCUCCUUGUUUUCCUCGUUAUUAUUCUGCUAAUGUACUCAACAGUGCCAAAAGCAUCUUUGAAGUGUGUAUCAGUGUGUCUGCAUCUGUCACUUCUAUCUAGUCCCUCAUAGUUAAAAUGCUCAAGUGCAACUGUACGGGGAUUUCAAAGGUUUUAUGCUCUAUUAUAGUAUGGAAAGUAACGUAAAAUGUUUCUUCCCUUUCAGUCCCAUUUUCUGGGAUAAAGACAUAUGUGGAUCCAGACACCUACGAAGACCCCUCUCAGGCUGUGGAGGAAUUCGCUAAAGAGAUAGAGCCGUCAUACAUUUGCAUUGAGCGGGUGAUCGGUGCAGGUAAAAUGAAAACACAUGAGAGUAUUUUCUGUAUAUAAAUGUGCACAGGUUGCUUCUACUGUACUCUAGAGGUUUGUCUGAAGUUACAUUGGUGUUACAUGUGUGCCUGUAGGUACAGGUUUUGAUAAACUUGAUAAGAGGCGAGGUUAUUCAGACCAAUUAACGUGAUCUAGGUAUCGUGUUCUGGAGUCAAAGUGAGAAUUACUCCAGGAUAUUGUAAUAAAUGUAAGUGAUGGAUGACUAGCACUUGUGUUUGAGAAAUGAUAACACUUAAUGUUGAGUAACACUUUUAUUUCAUGAGACGGGUUAAACCUCAUAAAGUGCACAUCUAAAACUUUUAUAGCCACUCUUAGCUAGCUGAUUUAAAAGUAAUUUAUCGUAUUGUGCCUCAGAGGGACACAGUCAGUGCUGACACCAGUGAAUAAUAGUGUUAGAUGGUUCAUUAAAUUGAACAGAUUGUGUCUGCUGUUUAACCGUUGAGGAAUUAUGAAGGUGCCUCGAAGUUAUCUUGUUUUUACAACAUGAGCGCUACCUGGUGGAGACUCUGUGUAUUGCAGUGGCAAAGCAACUUAGAUGUAACAGCAUUGUAUCUGUUUAUUUACAACUGUCACAACUUUUUUAAUGCAUCGAUAACCAGAUAUGUGACGGAUAACACACUUCUGUGGUUUGUUUUGUUUAUUGAUGUCACAGGUGAAUUUGGAGAAGUGUGUAGUGGUCGUUUGCGUGUACCAGGGAGGAUGGACAUCGCUGUGGCAAUAAAGACACUUAAGGGUGGCUAUAUGGAUCAGCAGAGAAGAGACUUUCUGCGUGAGGCUUCAAUCAUGGGACAGUUUAACAACCCGAACAUCAUCAGGCUGGAGGGAGUGGUCACAAAAAGUAAGCUCUACAUGAUCUGUUUUUCCUAGAUGUUGGUCUUUUGUUUUGGACACUUGUUGGUCAUUAAAAUCGUGUCUUUUUUCCUUUUCCUCAGGCAGACCUGUCAUGAUAGUGGUUGAGUACAUGGAAAACGGAGCGCUUGACUCGUUUCUACGGGUUCGACAGAUUAAGUCCUUAUAGACUCACCUAUUUCCUUAACUAAACUCAUCAUCUUCUAUGCAUCAUAUUUGUCUUUUUCUACCGGUUUCUCCUGCAGACACGUGAUGGACAGUUCACAGUGCUUCAGCUGGUCGGCAUGUUGCGUGGCAUUGCAGUGGGCAUGACAUACCUCUCAGAGAUGGGAUACAUUCACAGAGAUCUGGCUGCCCGCAACAUUUUAGUGGAUGAGAACCUCGUGUGUAAGGUGUCUGAUUUCGGCAUGUCCAGGAUCCUUGAGGACGACAGUGAGGCAGCCUAUACUGCCACAGUGAGUGUAUAUCUGACAGUUUCAGCAGGUACAAGCUGACAGGUAAUGUUUGAUGUCUCUCAAGCAAGUUUUUACCUGUUACUCUCUUAGGGGGGGAAAAUACCUAUUCGUUGGACAGCACCAGAGGCUAUUGCUUAUGGGAAAUUCUCCUCAGCGAGUGAUGUGUGGAGCUACGGUAUCGUCAUGUGGGAAGUCAUGUCGUAUGGGGAAAGGCCAUACUGGGAGAUGUCCAAUCAAGAUGUAAGAUACUGGAAAUGUUAAAACUCCUUAAGCCUGAUCGACAUAGAAGAAUCAUCUAUGUAUUUGUGUUUAAUCUACUUGUGAUCGCCUCAGGUGAUUUUAUCCAUCGAGGAAGGCUACCGUCUUCCAGCACCGAUGGGCUGCCCUGUGACCCUGCACCAGCUGAUGUUACAUUGCUGGCAGAAGGAGUCAGGCCAGCGCCCACGCUUCACAAAUGUGCUGUCUUUCCUUGACAAGCUCAUAAUCAAUCCCAGCAGCCUGCUAACACUGGUCAAUGAUGCGCAGAGGUAAAAGUACCAGAGGAAAGGGCCACGCUGGUUGUUCUGCAUGGAUUAAAGCAUUACAUGAUCCUACCUCAUGUUUACUUUUUAUAUAACUAUAUUUUUCUACUAAACAAACAGAUAUUACUGUAGAUUAUGUUGGGUAUGAGAAGAAAAGUGAAGAUUUCCUGUAAAGAAACUUUUAUACAGAAUUAUAAAUCAUAAUCAAAAGGCAACUGUAAGUCCCAAGAGCAGAAAAAAAACAUUAAAAAAGUCAUUUGUAUCUAAAUAAAAAAGCAUGCAAAUAAAUUAAAAAUUGAAAAUUUUAUGUUAGAGCCAUUAACAAAGUGAUAAAUCACAGCGCCUUAAAAUCAACUAAAUCAUUACCAAAAUAAUGGAUACAGUGUGAAGUGUUGUUAAGUGAAAUAACUGCAGCACACAGUGACUUUAUUUUGUUUUUUAAUUUUAAUUUUUUUGUCUUAUGCUAACCCAUGAGCCAUCAGAUAUAAGACAAUACUUCAUUUUAGAGUAGACACAACAAAACUUGUCGGUCCUAUGGUAAAAUUCAGACCCCAUGUUGUUGUGCAUUCCCUGUAUGUGUAUUUAUGUGACGAUGAAACAUUUUAUAGGUGGCUCGGCACAGUUUAAAGCCGUAGCACACACAACAUUAACCCAGUAGAAAGGUUAAAACCAUCAGUGCUUGGCAUCAUAUAAACUGACAAUCAUAAUAUAGCCAAUAUUGGCAAUAAUUGAUUACCUUUGCAAGUUUCUGCAACAUAAUUUUGUUCCCAAAUUUGAACAUCUUGCAGAAACUCAUGGAAAGGCUUUUUAGACUUGUUUUUGAAAGGAAAGCUUAAUGGUGUUGCAUCUUCACGGUUCAUUUAACUAAUAAUCACGAUUCAGAUCAGCACUUUGCCAACCUAAUCCCUGAAUUUUCUGUAUUCUCAGUUACCCUGACUCCCCGGAAGACAUGCCAGACUACCCUCUUUUCAUCUCUAUCGGCGACUGGCUCGACUCCAUUAAAAUGAGCCAGUAUAAGAACAACUUCCUUGCAGCAGGAUAUACAACCCUGGAUUCCAUUUCAACCAUGAGCAUAGAGUGAGUGAAGCAAAAUUAAAAUGAGUGCGGCUACAGCAUCAAAAAGCACAAUAAAAAGACACGGAGUAGCAUCAAAGGGAGAGAAAAAAUGUGAAAUUGCAAUAAAAUUGAUUCCUAUUAUGAGCCUUGUCAAGAAACAUCAGUACAGUAUCUGUUUAUCAUGAAGCUUUCUGUUUUUUAUUGUAUGAUGACGCUUCAACACUUGGUAUCUUUUUAAAAAUAUUCUUUAUCAGGAAACGAUGCUCCUUUAAUCAACAAUUACUGUUUCUCUCUCCUCCAGCGACAUCCGGCGUAUCGGGAUCUGUUUGAUUGGUCACCAGAGGAGAAUCAUAAGCAGCAUACAGUCACUCCGCCUGCAGCUUCACCACAUCCAACAGAGCGGCUUUCAAGUGUGAGAGCACUACACAAAGACAGACUGUGUGCACAAACUGAGCAGGAAACAAAUCAGAGCUCUUUGGCAUCAUCAUUCAACUAAUUGCACAAACACCAGACUGUUAGGUGUAGCAGGAAAUUCACACGCUGCUCAUGUGAGAGCAGCCCGCUGCUCGGCCACAUGUGGUCUGGCUCAUACACACUCAUCUCAAUCAUCUUAUGGAUCAUUAUCGUCAAUACAGCCUCCACAACAACCAACCUCUGUCAGCGUUGGCCAAAUGCGGUCUCUUUAUUAUCUCAGCAAAUACUAGCAUUCACUUGAAUUUAGGACUUCUUUUCUCUAGUGUCUAUUCAAGUGUUCACCGAUACCUCUUCUCCUCCAAGUGACAAUCCAACGCUUUCUAUUGACUUUGAAUGGUCUCAAGUCUGUUACCUCAAGGCCAGAGAAGAUGUGGAUAGGGAAAAAGUUAAUAUGGUAAUGUCAAAGAUGAAGUAAGUGUUCAGUGAAACAAUUCUACAGUAAUAAAGUGUGACAGAAUGGUAAAUACAAUCAUGUUUUUUGAACUGAAGACCGCUGAAUGUCAAAAGAUUUUAUAGAAAUGUACAUUCUAUCCUCAUGAUAAUGCAGUAUGUCUUGUACAAAAAGUCUUGUGAAAGUCGUAUGUUUUAUUCAGUAUGUUUGUUCCUUAAUAAACAACCCUAUUUUAAUA